GCCUGUCGCUCUCCACCAAUAGGAAGAGUUCUUUUGUCUUUGGGGCGGGUCCUCGUUGUCAGCAGGUUAGACUGCGCACUGCGCUCAGACAACUUGAUACAGAGUAACAGUAAAUCAGACAGAGCAGCUCCUCCAGCUCCAGCAGUGAAAUUGUAACCCUGUUGCAAGUAUUUUUGGCCGCAGAUAGGACCGAGUGAGAUCAUUGCGGUCUCUUUCUUCGGAUAGACUCAAGAGUUGUUCGGCAAGAGCAACGCAGGGACCGUUUUCAGUCUCAUUUCUGCUAUAUCUCAAUAUUAUAUCACACUGGAAAUGUCCGAAAACAAGCCGAAUGAUGAACCGAAGUUAUCUACGACGGACAGGGUGGUGAAAUGUAAGUGUAUUUUAUUUUAAUGCCCGACUGUAACCAGACGUGAGCUCGGCUCUUACUCUGGGCAGCAGACUUGAAGGAAGCGCAGUCGUUGCAGCAGCAGCAGCAGCAGCAACAGCAGGGAGCUGUAAAUGUUGUCGAAAUUUGUUUGCUGGCUAUGGAGGAAGAAGGGUGUUAGCCGAGCUAUGACAGCAGCUGUAAACUAGGAAGUGAGGGUAACUCCACUUCGUAGACCCGAGCGAGAAUUUUUCGAGGGUUUUCUCUUAUUCUCCCAGCGGGGCGUGAUAUAGCCGCCUGUCUAUAUGUGCACUGUUUUCAUUAGCAACGAUCAUUUUGUGUGCACAAUGCUUUACAAUAUGCAUGCAGAUAUUGCACAACCAAUGCAACCCGAGAGCGAUUUUCCCUCAUUUUGCAUGCAUCACCAAGCAUACUUCACCAAGGCUUCAUUUUUUUUUACACCAUUGCAUAAUACUACUUGAUGUCGCCUAUGUUUUGUAAUCUAACAUUUGGUUCAUCGUGUGCUCUUUGCCAUAUGGGUUGGCUCUUCCUGCCUACUGUGUUAACAGGUCUGACAUUCCACCUUUGCAGUCUACCAUAAGAACGCAAUAAAGAUCAUAAUCGAGACGACCUACCCCUUGAACAAGGACUAGGAGCAAAUGUAGCCUGCCCAGUUUUAUGUCAGUUGACAUUUCACGUUGACUUGAAGGUAUUGCUCCAGUUUAGUUGCAGUAGAAAAAGCUUUACGCCAGUCUAGGUGAAGUCUCUCAUGUUGGGAGACCUUUUCACAGCACAUAUAUUCCAGCACUAGUUGCAACCAUUAUCCUCUGCAUCCCACUAAGGAAUUGUUGAGUAAUUUUAUUCAGGAUUAGAUGCAGGGGUUCAAUCGGUUGAAAUGAUUAGAUCAUGGGUGACGAUUAAACAUUAGGAUUUAGUAGGGAAAAGGCAGCGCUACAGUGUUCAAAAGAGCAUGACUGGGAUCGUUUACUGUAUUAAAGGCAAGCCCGAGGUCCGGCUUGUUAAGCUCUAUGGCAAACAUAGUUCCACUCCAGUGCUUCCUUGGGCUUAGCUUGUACCAUUUGACAAACGAUUAACCAAAUGAUAACUGGAAUAAUUUCUUUUUCUGCAGAGGUAAACACUUGUGAAGGGGCCACAUUCUGCUCCGAAGCAGGGUUGAAUGUUAAAAGAGAGCCACACCAUGUCAUGGGUGCUUGUGUGAUGAAUUUUUCAAGAGAUCAUCCCCCUACAGUCUCCUCCAACUUGAAGGGUAAUGAAAAAUAGAUAUGACAAGUAUGGGUUUUUGAAGAGAUUUAACAAUAUCACUAGGGGGACUUGGCCGGUUGCGGCAUGUGGAUCUGAAACUAGGGAUGCCAUCAUAUUACACGUCUCAAUCCUGCAUUUUCACUAGUAUCCUCCUUGACUGCUAAGUGACGGUCUGCUGUGGUCUUAAUCAGGUUAAAACGUAUUGAUUAGUCAUUAGCGAGGCGUGCGUAAGAGAAUCUGAGAGCCUGGUUUCUAGGGCUCGCUCCUAAACCCGAUGUGGAGAUCAACAAAGUAAUUGAACCCAUUAUUCAUUCAUCAAGUUUCAAGAAGUCAGUGUUUUGGUAAUGCAUCAGUAUUAUGACAACAUGGACACUGGCUGUGUACAAAGCACCACUCCAAAAUAACUGCAGGCUAUAGGUGUGAAGUAAUUUGUUUUCAGCCACCUAGUUUGCCCUGCUACGAGGUGUCAGUCCAACUUAUCAUAAGUGCUUUGCGUCCACCUGUUUUCAAAAUGCAUUAUCAUAAUGCUCCUGAAUGCUGCUGCCGCAUAGUAAUUACUCAUAGGAGUUUAAUCAGCUGAGGCAGGAGAAGUUGCAUAAUUUUCAUCGUGUUUUUAUCCCUGACAGAAAGAAACUGGAAUAAAUGAGCAAUUUCCAGUAUGCGGACGUUAACUUUAAUGAACUCCAUCAGUUGUGUGUUAGUCAGCUGUGUGUUUUAUUGUUGAAUCAUGCCCAUUGACAGACUGUUGCAGCUGCUGUGUGUUGAUCUAGAAAGCACUACCUGGUUAUACAGGAUUUCAUUGAGCAUGAAGAUGUGAUCUAAAUCAGUGGUUCUCAACUGGUCUCACUCUGGGACCCACAUUUUCCCAUUCUCCUUAAGUCACGACCCACUUUUAUAGAAUUCAAACCAAGCAAAUUAAUUUUUUUAUAAAAGAAAACCUUCAAAUACCCUAAUCUUUAACAUAAAUCCACCUGUUUCAUUGAGUAAAGUGCAUUUCAGAGCACAUAAAGGGGACAUCAUGAGGAUUUUGCAUUAAAUAUUUACUUUUUGACCAGCUGUUCGUGACCCAUCCAGAUCCACCAGUUGAAAUCCACUGAUCUAAAUGGUUAUACUGAUUUGUUUUGUGAGAUUUUGUGGUAGGUUGUUUUUGCUUCUUAAUGGCCGCAUCUAAAAAAAACUGUUUUGUGUGAUUGAUCAGCCUGUCAAAUGGUUUAUGGUCCUUGAAAUGUCAGGAGAAAGCUUCAAAAUUCACUGCGGCGCAAGGUACACCCCAUCCCAAGGUAAAAAUAAUUAAAUUUAAUAGGUCAAUCAAUAUUUAAUCACAUAAAAGAACAAAAUUACAUUUCUUUUGACUCAUUAACAGCAUUGUUUUCCACCCCAAUCAGCUAUUGUUAUGCACAUCUUAUUAAGCAAGUGCAUUAAAAAACCAUAUGGAGUGUUUGCAGCUUCUGUAGUGUUAGAAAAUGGAUUUAGUGUGAAAAACUAGCCCAGGAAAUGAAUGUAGUGGCAAAAUCUUUCUCCGUAGUUGUAUACUGAAUGAUAUCUUGCACUAGAGCUACCCUCAGUUAGAUCUAAAAUAAAUAAACAGCUGUUAAUGUGGUCGUCAUGGUGCAAUCAUGACGACAGUCGUGCUCCAAAGCAAAGCGAGCUCAGUAAUGGUGUUUUUCCGUCACCAGCUCAGAAGCAGGGCCUCCAAGCCCCCGAUGCGGCCCGGGUCCUUCUCUAUGAGUGGGGAUGGAUAACAUCUGACAUUUGACUUUUGAGGAGAGGCCCCCGUGCUCAGACAUGCGUAGGUUGGAGAUGGCGGUGGUGACAGCGGCGCAAUGCCAGCCACUGAUCCCAGCUGGAUAGCGGAGUCAUUUAUAGAACAGAACAUUAAGUAAUGCCUCAUACUUGAUCCUUGCCUUACAUGUGAUCACCUGCAUACAUUUCUGCCUCAUGGUCGUCGUCUGACAUGCGUGCCAUUGUGGUGUGUGUCUAUUUUAUCAGGCGCGUGCACUGGCUAAUACAGAGACAUAAAAAUUACCAUUAAUCAGAAUCUGUCCUUAGGGUGUUGUUAUGUUCAGUAAUAUUUCCUCAUUAGCAUGCAAUAACCAUUAGCUUUUUUGCAUGAGAAUACAAUUACAAAGGGAAAUUUUUGUGAUUUAAUGACUGCCGAGGUGGUUUGUGGUUUAAAUCUUGUUAUUUGUAAAGUCAAAGCUUCUUAGAAAAACUGACGGGUUAUGAUUGAGUCAGAAGUCCCUUAGAGUCUCGAGAUUUUGGCGUAUCAAACUAUUAGUUCUUACACCAAUCUGAAGUUUGGUUUUUGUUUCCUUCAGGCAUUGUCACAAAUAAUUUUGUUUGACUGCAAGUCCUACAGAGCCAGAUCUAUCUCCAAACUUAAUGUUAGCAUCUUGUCAGCACCUAAGGGUGAUUUUUUUUCAAAAGAUUAUAAAUCGGCAGCAAAGACAAAAACACUGAACAUAUGUCUCUUGCAGUUCACCUUUGGGCCUCCUUCAAUAACCCAAAUCCUGUCAUGGUCAGCACAUGGGGUCUCUUUUUUUCUUUUUUCUUUGUGUGGAAAAAUUAUGUUGACAAUCACAGUAAGAGAAAAUGUGCCAUGUAAAAAGCAGUAUUUUAGUUGUUUUUCCAGCCUUGUGUACACACUCUUCAUCCAGUGAGUCAGGCUUUUUGAUGAUAAACCAGCAGACACUUGAACUGAUGCUCAGUACUUACUCUUCAUGUCAUCUGAACAAGCUUUCCAGCUGCAGUACGACAGACCAAAGAGCAACAUUGACUCCACCUUCUCAUAUCUGUUUUUUUUUAAACUCCCUCUGUCAGACGCUCAGUUUUAAAGGUUUAUGCUUGUUACUCUGUGGAAAAGAGAUACAACGCUUUAGAUAACUGAUAAAUAUUUUCAUUUAUUUUUGGAUCAAUUAUCUUUGGUCGUUGCAAUGGAAUUCCACUAACUGCCUCUUUCUGUUGGCGUACAAAGACGCCGUAUAUUGCAGCAGAAUCGGGGAGCUUUUCCGCCACUUGAGUCAGUAUCUUCAAAGAGAUGGAAAAGAAAGCAAAAUGAUCAUGUGUUUAGUAUGACUACAGAAAAAAUUAUCCCACAUAUGAACCACUCUUUGUGUCGUAAAACCUCAUUUGAAAUGAACAAAUACUUCCCCACAAUUAUUUUCAUGAUAACUCCUGAUGCUCAAAGAUUAGAGAGGUUAUCAUGCCUUUUCACUGGGCUUAUUUAUCUCCCAUUCAUCUGCUAUGACCACAAAAAAUAAAUAAUGAACAGUGUUAUUGACAGAAUGUUAUUAUUAGCUAGGGUGACCAUAUUCUGACGUCCUAAAAGGAGGACACAACUACGCAGGAAUGGAGUCACAGAGUCGCACAAAGUUAAUUUUGAGAGUUUUUCGGGUUGGAUCGAGUGUCUUCUGACUCAGUAAAUCCACUGACACAAAAUCGAAACUUAACAUACAAAACCGCAUACAUUUAAAGGAUUUUAUAGACUUUCACGGACAAACCCAGACAGCCACCAAAAAAGACGACUUGAACGUAUAAAAGGGGAUGUAUGGUCACCCUACAUUAGCUACAGGGCUUCAGUUACAGCAAUACGGAUUUAAAAAAAAAAAAAUACAAAGCUAGUAACAUCACAGAUGAAAGUAUAACGAGUAUGUGGCUGACAGCUGUCUCUGUGAUUAAGAGCACCUGUAAUUAAUUAAGCCUCUGAUUGGCCAGGUGGUUGACCUGUGAGCAAUAAGCGCUUGAUCCGCAGCACUGAAGUUGGUACUCGAACAGCAAACUGUCAAUACAAACCCCAUUCAAGUUGAAAUAUCUUCAGAAAUCAUGACGACAAGUAUGAUUAAUAGUGCAGCCUCAUGCCAUUAUCUAAAGCACUUCAUAUAGUAGUUUGCUGAAUGGCCAAGCUUUUAUCAGAUGGAUUUAAUAGAUGUCAGGCUCCAAUAAUGCACUUUUAAGAUUUGAAUAAAGUGCAAGGCUACAGCUUGAACUUAUCACAACAUGAAAAUGUUCCCCCUAAUGUAACCCAUUGCCUUCAGGGGUGUUGAAUUUCCGCAUUUCUGCAGCUUUGCAUGUGCAGAAACAGGGUCCAGCCACCUCAUCCUCUGCGCUAUUGACAGCGGUCCACUAACGCAGCUCAACCGGGAAAUGUCACAUUCAGCAGAAAGAGCAAGAAAAUAACCAAACGUGAUCAAAGCCCGUCAUGUUUCUGCUCGCCUCAUCUACUGAAGAUUCAUAUGGCGCUUUUUGAUAACACGUGACAUCAUGGCACAGUAGGGAGGGAAGACCUGUGCUACCUCUGUUGUGAUGCGAUGCUCAGAUACGCAGUCUGUGGUACUCUCAACCUGAGUAAGUGCACCUUUACCGCUCAUUAGAUUAGAGAGGAAUUAGGCUCUGUUGUGGAUUUAGGGCACAGCAAAGCGGCGGAUUUGGACAGAUUAAGCUCCAUAUAGGGGGAUAAAGACGGCUCUGCUCAGAUGUUGUAAUCUGACUCCAUGCAUUAGCUGCUGCUCUUGCCAAUUCAUGUGAACAAAUGGACGUUAGGUCUUGAUAAAGGAAUAGGGGGAGAAUAACUGUUUACCUACCUUAGCAUUAUGAGAUUGUUGCUGAGCUUAUGAGCACAGUUUGUGGAUUUGUGAACCUUUGCCCUCACUGUGGAUACAUUUGAUCUUUCAUAGUUUGGUAGCUUGGAUUGAGUUGAACUGUGACUUUGUACCAUAAAAGCUCUUUAAAAGGUGACGCCCAUUCUUCACACUUCCCUUUUCAAACACCAAAAGACCCAUUUUGUCCGGACCAAAUAGAAAAAUUCUGCUCUUUAUCGCCUGUGUCCUCAGCACACAUCUGAAAGCCAUAGAUCAUAACGUUGCUCUAUUGUAUUUGGUAAAAAAUCAGCCACCAUACAAACACGCCCUCAGCGUUUCCCAUUUCAUGGCUGGCAGACACAAACACAUGGUCCCUUUGUCAGCCGCAGCGGCGUACAAAAGCCAUUUUGGAACAGAGACAGGAGUUGUGUGUCAUCAGAUCACUCUCUGAGGCUGGUCGCAGCACACUCCCAAAUCAAUCAAUACACUGUCUACAACACAUGUAGCUACAUAUUGGGCAGGCUGUACAGCGAGUAUGGGGGAGGAGAGGCUAACCCAGUGAACUGGGAGCAACUGGGUUGCUGGGUUACAUUAGAGGCCAGUAGAGUAGUAAAUCUGCUUUCUCACCUCAGGACGUGCUCAGAGGGAGGGCUGAGUGGACAGGCAGCAGAGGAAGGGGAUUUUUGGGAGCAGAGUGUUCACACUUACGCACAUAUGCACUAAAUACACAAUAUGGGUCAGUUUUAAUGAAUUUAAUUAAAGAUGCAGACUUUUUAAAAAUACUUCAGAUAUAAAAAAAAAACAAACAAAAAAACAUCUGUCAUUGGAGCGAAGCCAAAUACUGUUUUGCAAAUAUGUGAGCAACUGUUUGUCAUGCUCUGCAAAUAGACGGCUUAAUAGAGACACAAUCCAAUCAACAACUCAAGUGAUUUGACUCAGGAUAUUGCGUCUAUUUCAGCAUCAUUAUUUGACACCAUUAAGUACAAUCAAGCUUCAUAUCCUUUCAUCCUUUCUGCUUUCCUUGUAACGUUUUUACUGUAUAUUUUUACCAUCAUGUUGCUGGGUAAAUUACACAAACAUACUGGUUAAGACACUUACGCAACAACAGCAAGAAAACAUUUGGCUUAACAUAGGAUUAGAGUAAACAUUGACUAGCUUUUUUUGCUUAUAGUGCCUAACAUUAGCAGAGCUAGCACCACCAGCCUUCUGUUGUUCUUGCAAGUUAAUAUCUGCAUGUCUGAGUUUUGUAGAUCAAAAUAUUACCAAUCCCUACUGUGCUGCUGAUGCUACCUGGGCUUGUUUACAUCUGGGUUGUUGAGCAUUUUAGCAUUGUGGCUCUAACUGGCAAGUGACAGGUGGUUAUAACAGCAUGCAGGGCCUAAAAUAGAAAAUACAUUAAUAGUUUGUUUAACCUACUUUCGAAUCUAGAGCGAGAGGAACAAUGUUAAGUCAUGGUUACCUAAAUGAGAGCUUACCUAACAAUGCUUGUUAGCGACUUGAGAUUAAUGCACUCAAUCUAGCAUUUUUAAAUUUGCUAGUUAGCCAACUGACCACAGAUAAAGCCAGGGAAGUCGGCCUGUUGAAAUACCCCCUCAACUUUAGAGAAGAUUUCUCCUUUUUUGGGGGGGAUUUUAUAGUGUGGUCAUUUUCUGACACAUCUUGUUCUGUUACAGUUAGAACGUAGACUGUAUAUUGUAUGGACACUGUGGCUCCGCCCCUCCUAAUUAUACGAAUUCAGUGCCAAACGGCACAAACCAGUCUUACAAUAACUACAUGGUAACAUAGCAACUGGUUGGAAAAAAUCUACAUUCCGUCUAAUUAAUUUCGACAUGGAAUUUCCACAGCUCCAUUUAUUUUUCUGGUGGAGGCGGGGUUUAUAACCUAUACUGCAGCCAGUCACCAGAGGGUGCUGUUCUUGCGGUGGCUUGGCAGAUGAUGUACAUUUUACAUACAGUCUAUAGCAAGAAACCGAAAAGAGUAAGGAUAUGAAACUUGAAGGAUCUCAUAGUUGCUCUAUUCAUCUACAUAGCUGUUUUAAGAAAUACAUCGUCAGCUCUGUUAAUUUUUGCUUUAUAACACCCAGUAAGAUAAUAAAUGCAUCAUAGUUUUCACCAUUAUGAUGAAUUAUUCCUUCUCAUUGUAGAUUGAUACAAUAAAAUCUGCAUAAUUAAUAAUAGGAGCAUCUGUGGUAGGUAAUUCACAAUCCUUGCACCCCUUGCUUUCUCAUCAGCCAAAGAAUCACAGCCCGUUCAUAUUUUAAAUUGCCACAAUAUUUACCCAACCCCAGCCCACAGGUAUGCACACACACACACACACACCUAAAACCGCAUCCUAAAUGUGAAACCAUUUUAGCACCACUGAAUAAUGCUUUAUACCUUCAAAAUAAAAGCUUUCCACAGGAGCGUUUAUAACUGGGACAAACCUCCUCUGCGUGAACACACAGUACUCUGGCUGUCAUACUUGUCUUCAUUAAAAAGAGAAGGAUCUCGCUGUUAAAAGCAUACCUAUAUGCUAAAUGGGAGGCUUUGUCUUGGUGGAUUGAGACAAGCCCCUGCAUGCUGCUGUGUGACAGAUGCAAACACAGACACACACUCUCCUGUGUUGUUCCAGGCGGUCGUUUGUAUUUAAAUAUGGGUGAAAUGAGUAAAGCCAUCUGCGGGCUGCCUGUAAACGGCAGAUUAGUAAGCAGGGAAAAGUCACCGCAGGGGGAGGGAUGUUGUAACUCUUGUGUUGGCUCAUUGCCUCGGUGCAUAUUAAGGGGGGGUUGACAUGGGCAGGGUGCUCAGUAUCUCAUGGUAACAGUCUAGUCGAGAUUGCCUCUUCCCUGCUAUCAUGUAGGCAUCGGUACUUGUUGACACCCACACACACACACACACACACACACACACACACAUACACACACACACACAUUGAGGCUGAUGCUAAUGCAACCUGUUCCUAUGAAGAACUGAUGAAUAUGCAGAUUUUUAUUCAUUUUCAGUGCUUGAGCUUGUUUUUCAGGGAACAUGCAAGAAACGUACAACCUGUACGCUGUAUCCAACAUGGAGAGAUAAAGUCAAGCCUAAGCCUUCAGGGAGUUAGUUAUUAUGAACUUAUUGUGCUGCUUCAUGUCAGCACAUCCCAAACGCUGAUAGUGAAACGGGUGUACAAUAGCUCCAGAAAAAAAAAGUUCUUGCAAGACGAUCUUAUAAUGAUACAUUCUGAUAUCUAAUGAACUAAAGAGUACAAAUUUUGGCCUUGCAAUUUGAGUGGGCAGUGCACCCCAUGUGCUGUGGCUGUAGUCCUUGUUGUAGCAGUUGCUGGUUUGCUGCAUGUCAUUCCCCACUCUCUACUCCCACAUUUCCUGUCUCUCUUUGGGCAUCUUAUCUCUCUUAGACAUAAAAACAGCGUUCCAAAACAGCGUUAAAAGAAGAUACAUUUAAAAAUAUGUGAACUUUUUUUUUAUAUGAGCUAAUAUGACUAUUCCUAAACCAGUUACAGUCUUAACCACUAACUACAGAUGGCUCGAUUACAGCCCGCUCUCAUUCAUGACAUGUGAACGCUGAUGCAACUCUCUUGCAACAUGCUGUGUGUAACAUGCAGGAAUGCAUUUCCAACUGAUUGUCAAUAGAGUGGGCAGUAAGUAUCAAACAUUAUCCAGUUGUCUUCUUUUAAUUAUCUUGCUGCCAACUUUUCUUCAGCCCCUGUGAGGUCGUGACGCAGUGAGGGAAACUGUAUCCAUAAUUGUAUCACACAAGUCAGGCAGCUGUAGCAGUAUUUUGUCCCUUCCCCACACUUGAGUGUCUCGUAUGUAUUUCUAAAAUAUCAAAGAUUUAUGCAAGGAUUUUAUUUUUUUGCUGGAUCAGGUCAAUGAUUUGGUAAAAUGCAGAAUUUGAGGUAAGAUAUGUUUAGAUGUUGCCAUAGUCAACACGGUCUAAGGUCCACCAAGAGAUUUAAAGUAGGGAUGCACCGAUCCACAUUUUUUCGCAUCUGAUCCGAUCUUGAUUCCUGAAUUUGGACAUCUGCUGAUACCGAUAAUAUUCUGAUACCAGAGCUCUGUUAACUUUACCAUCAUUGCCAGUAGAUUCUUGCCAGUAGACUGACUGGCAAGAAUCGCUUGUACAGUCAUUUCAGCAGACAAAGUUAAAGCAAAGUCAUGACUCAUGGAUUGGGAGUUUUCGCUGGUAAGAUCGGGAUCGUCCGAUCCAUGAAUUACAUUGGUAUUGAAACCCGAUACUGGAUCAGAUCGGCCCCAUCCCUAAUUUAAGGCGCUUCAUUCUUCCAUCUGACGCUCAUGAUCACUUGUCCAGUCAUUUCAGCAGACAAAAUUAAAGCAACGGCGUGACUUAUGGAUUGGGAGUUUUCGCUGGUUAGAUCGGAAAUGUCCGAUCAAGGAACUACGUCGGUAUCGGAACCCGAUACUGAAUCAGAUUAGCCACAUCCCUAAUUUAAAGCGCUCCAUUCUUCCAUCUGAAGCUUUAUGAAGAUACAGGUUUCCUUUUCCAGCAGGACCAGUACUUGCCCACAGCGCCAAAACUACCAGAAACUAGUUUGCUGACCAUGGUAUCACUGUGCUUGACUGCCAAGCCAUCAGAGAAUCUUAGGGGUUAAGUGUCAAGAAAAAGGUAAAAGACACCAAAACCAACAAUAGAGAACUAUUAAAUCAACCUGGGCAGAGCCACAGAGGGAUUGCCUCCAUGCUACGUCGCACUGAUGGAGUAAUUCAAGCAAAAGGAUCUCCAACCAAGUACUGAGUGCAUCAGUGAACAUAAUUUUACCAAGGGUUGACAUAUCUGUAUGUAUACUUCCUUUUUGGGUUGGUAUUUUUUAUAUUCUAAGGUUUUGAGGGUAGUAGAUCUUUGAUUGUCAUGAGCUUUAAACUCCAAAUAGGAAUUCUUGAAUCUAGAAUAUUUGGAAGUUUUGCUAUUUCACAAAAGUAUGUGAAAAGAAGCUAAAUUUUUGAGCUGCGCCUGUAGAGUAUAAUAAUAGAGUAUAAUGAACUGUAAUGCCUGUACUUUGAUAUCUCUUUGCCUGUUCUUUUUCAGCAUGCAUCUGCAGAAUCACUGUUCUCAUGCGACCGUCAGAGCAGAGCAGAGCAGGACUAUUCUCAGGGUUUGAACUCGUCUUUAGGUUGUAGCACAACAUUCCACUGCAGGUUUAGUCUGGCGGGAGUUUGGUUUGGAUGAUUACUGGAGCAUUAGGCACACACAGCAGCAUCAGCCAACAUGGCAUCUGUGCAGUGCGUUCAGUCAAGCUGCCUGCAGAUUUCUGGCCAGUUGCAGGCUCCAGGCCUUGAAAUGCAGUUUGACAUUUUUCGGGGCAUUUUCAGCAGGGGUAGCUCUUGACUAUAAACCAGGAGACCUUUUUGAAGUGAAGUUAUGUGUGGGAGUCACAGUGAAUGUCAUGUGUACUCAGCUUUGCCAGUCAUUUGCUGCACUAUGAGAGAAUGCAGUGGAGAGUUAACCCCACUCCCUCACCGUCUUGUUUACCACGGCUGGAGAAAUGGAUCUACUGCAGGCAGAUUUUAUCAGACGAGUUGGAAGAUCAUGUUCCGUUCACAGUUCUUUUUUUAAUUAAUAGACCAAUCAAUACUUUUAAUCUAGUGUUAUGGAUAUACUUUAUUAAAGGGUGCAAGAAUAAGAGCCUGACUGCGGUGCUCUUCUCAGGUUCUGCAUGAGGCCUUUAAGCAGGACGGACUGUUUUAUUCUUUCUCCAUUAAGCAAAUGAACAAAAAUUAGCUUAAUCGAGGGAAGCCCUUAUUACACAAGGGUAACUAGAGACGCAUAUGCCUCGUUGUUUUCUCCAUCAAUUCACAGUUUAUCCGUCUGCAUGCAAAGUCAACCCCCGAGGGGACUUUUCUUUUUCUUUCAGGUGUUGUUAGCCAGCUAGCUAAAGCGUCCAGUGUGCGGACGAGGGAUCAACUCCAGCUAUACAAAUACAGCUGGAGGUGAGUCGAGGCCCCAAGGUUUAUUUACACGUGUUAAUUAUAGACCACCUGGCUGAAAAAGAACCCUCUUAUUCCACGUGGCGAAAAUUGGUGUCUGCUUAUCUAAGUCUACCAUGCUGGGGUAGGGGUGGGGGUGAGGGGGGGAUCUUCCAUUGGAUGUCAGCUUGUUCUAUAAUUGACCUGACAGGAUGUUGUUAUGUGAGAUUGGCAGUUGUGUGACAAGACAAGAUGACAACUCACUUCCUUCUGCGCAUCAUGUUUUUUAUUUAUCUUAUUUUUUCAGACUUCAAGAAAUCAGAACUUCAAUUUCUUCUUUGAGUUUCAUGAGCUUAUUUCUAAAAGGUGAAUUCUGCAUGAAUUCCUUCCCACACACACACACACAGCUUAAACCUCCCCACAUAUCUCUAAAAAUGUGUCACCAGACAACCAGGCAAACAAGGGUUAAGUUUGCCCUGGAGCUGAUGAUGGCAGGCCUCUCAGUCACUCUCGCCCACGUGGAGAGAAGAGGGCGGAGGACGGCUGACUGGCCCACUCACUCAAAACACACUGUGCAGAGGCUAAGCAGAGCCAGAGUCGUGACUGAGGUGUGUGUGUGUGUGUGUGUAAGUGUAUAUGUUUGUGUGUGGAAGUAAGGGGUAGAAAAACUGUAGAGGUGUAUUUGUUAGCAUGCCCCUCGCUGUUGAAUCAGGCUCCAGGAUCAACUCAAAAAGGACUCCAGGUGAAAUUUCAUUACAGCCUGUUGGCCCUCAGCAGUGAAUUUUCCCUGGGAAUUGUCUGCAAGGUCAAUUUAUCUUUUUAAAGUUAGAUUUAAUUUACACCAGUGUUUGUCCAGCAGCACAUGAUAAAGCGGACAGACGCUGUAGGCUAGACUCAGAGCUGGCCUCCACUGUUGCCCAGGCCAAGACGAGCACGGUCGCACCGCCGUGUGAACUGAUCUCCCAUCAGUCAGAGCUCGCUGUGCGCCUCCCUUAGCCAGAUUGCGGAGAGGUUAGUGUGUCCCAUGGCUCUCAUUGAUUUUGUGCCUGUCCAAACACCGCCAGGGAGCCAUACAUUACCAUGACCAAUCAUUUGAGCUCUAAUGCCGCCCUGCUCCCCCAUCGGACCAUUAGGAGGAGUAGAUUGAGGGCUCCAGGACUCCUACUGUAUCUUUUAGCUGUCAACUUGGCCUGCUGCUUAUUAACGGCAUUUUGCUGCGUUUAUAGCAUGCAGAGGGCGAUCCUGUAUUUCAAGGACUUUUAUUGAUGCAGUGAGCUGUCACUGUUGUGCAUGUCCAUACUUGUAUGUGCUCAUAUUUGUCAGACGUUUGAAGAAUGUCAAACUUAAGGAGCGUCCCGUUCCUCUGAUGUAAUUUUUGUUUGUGUAAAACUCAGUAAAAACAGAGUUGUAGGACUGUUGGAGACGUGUUGUUACAACAAGCUAAUCUUGAGGCUGUUUGAACUCUUGAGCCCAAAAUGUGGGCCCAUUGUUAGUAAUUAAAGCCGUUGUCACACCCCAGUUCUGCACUCACACACACACACACACACUAGCUGUCAAGCUCUUUGGCAGCUUGUGCGUUGUUUUGCUAUAUCAUGCAGGCCUUUAAUAUUGGCCCAGCCCCUGCAGGAAACUGGCCAGGUUGAUGAGUGACACAGACACUCACUGGCACACACUCAGAGCUGUGAACACAAGUUUGGGUAUGUCCCCGUCCAUGACACACUGUCUCAAGAAGACUAAAGAGUACACUGUCUCUGACGGCGUUUCUUCCCAGACUUCCACGGUUACUUUAGUCUGCUCUGCUUUCGUCUCUGUCCUGUAAAAAUGGGAGACAUACUCCACCAGGCAGAGUAUUUUCUCUCUCACUGGCUUGACUAUUUUCUGUCUGUGUGUCAUGUUUCCCAGCCACCCUCCCACAGCAGAUUUCUUGUCUUCUCCUGCUAAGUUUCAAAUGUGGUUCUACCAUCCUUGACAACAACAUGUCCUCUCGUUCGCCAUCUGCCAUUCAUUCCACAUUUCUUUUUAUGACCAUUUUGCGCACUUGCUUGCUCACACUGCUGCUCAACUGUGUCAGACCCAUGUCGUAAGACCAAAACACCCAUAAUGCUUCAGGCCCGUCUCCCUGUAUAGAACGUAAUCUGAUCCCCCUGGAGGAAUGUGGCAGGCCUCGGGGACGGCCAAAUCGAGGUACAAAUCAGCCGGUCUGCAGGCAGAUAGUGUAUCUCGAAGAGAUUUUAAGCCAGCAGCAUUUGGCAGAGUGAAAUCAAUUUAACAUUCUUCCUCCUCCAGACCGAAUUCAGAUUCUUUUUUCUCUCUUUCAGACUCUUUAUGAAAGUGAAGUUGGCAGACAAUAGAUGUAAGCUGCGUAAAACAGUCGCUGUCUGUUUUGCAGCCAGCAGUUAAGAGGGCAGGGACUUCUCCUCAGACUAGCAGAUGGUGUAUACAGUACAGAGCUAUGCGGUACCACAGUAUUAGACUGCAGCACUGCAUGCAACGUCUUCAUAAAGCCAAUUUUCUUCUAUGAAGGGAGAUAAAGAGUGUUUUGGAUCAGAAAUCUGCCAUGAUACAUUACAGCAUAUGUUUCUCUGUCUCCUGUUUGGGUUUAGGAAGGGAAAUGGUUGUAAAAAUUUAGCUACUUUGGAUUCAAUACAGCUGUUCAGUACAUCAUGUCCUGGUUGUUCAGUCUUUGAAGGUGUAUUUAUUACUUUCCCUUUUUAUGUAGGGUAGUUAAGCUCAAAUUUGUCCCAGUUCUGCGGUCAAAUGUGAUAGACAGAGGCCCAUUUUUUAAAGAAACAACCAGCAAAUAAAGUAAAGAGUGUUCUCAAUAAAUGUUGUUAAAUCAUAGAUCAGAUUUAUCACUAAAUACUUGAACAGAAGUUCAGAGUUCUCAAGUUGAGACGAUACAUCCUGUUCAGUGAGGGUGGGAAUCAUGGGUGGCCCCACGGUAUGAUAUUAUCACAAUACUUGGGCUACAAUACGAUAUUAUCACGAUACUUGGGCCACAAUACAAUAAUAUCACGAUACUUGGGCCACAAUACUAUCACGAUACUUGGGCUACAAUACAAUAUCAUCAUGAUACUUGGGCCACGAUACAAUAUUAUAGACAUUUAGAACAUUUUGCAAUAUAGUGAAUAUUGUGAUAUGAUAUAUUCCUAUUUAUCCAAUUUUUUCAACUGUUGAGCUAAUUUAGCAUUUGUCUUUCCUUUAUCUUUGUACUAAAUUUCUCUUGCUUUAUGAUGUCACCUUUGCCAACCUCACUGGACAAAUAGUUAUUAUUAUUACAAAUAGUUGUUAUUUAUUUUUCCAUUAUCAUAGAUUUGACUUCAUAUUACCAAUUUAUUUGACACAUCAAUACUUGGUAAAUGAGACGAUACGAUAUAUCACCAGACAAAAUAUCGCAAUGCUAUGCUGUAUCGAUUUUAUCUCCCACCCCUACUAUCAGGUAAAUGACGCUUUUAUUCCUUUCCUGUUUGAACAACACAAUGAUGCUAAAUAGUUUUCAUCUUUUUAGGAACGUCAAUGAAAAUGUUAAGUGUAGAGGUGAAAUAGGUCACAGUUGGUCAGGGUUCCAUUAGGACCACAUCCCAUGGAUGGAUCAAUAGAAAAUUUGUUGUUAACACAUUAUGCAAUAGAUAUAACUUAUUUUAAGUGUUUCUCAAACUUACUGGUCUCUGCUCCAAACUAGUACAAGCAUGAGAAAGACGCAUGGCUGUUUGCAUGCUCAUUAGGGUUUCAGAGUUCGAAAAGGUAUAAUAAGCAAAACGAUUAAAACAAGAACAAUAAUUCUAUUUUGCUGCUCUGAGAAGGAUGGUCGUCAUUUCAUUCUCUUAAGAAAUGGAUCGCAGUUGGUCCAUCUCCAUUCGGACCAUCACAUGCAGUUCAAUAGACGAAGCAAUAAAAUGGACAGAUUUGCUGCUUUCUGAUAUGAACACAUAUUACACCAUGUUGGGCCUCUCUUCUUCCUCACUGUUGUUCAGAGACAAAGCGUCACUUCACUCACACAAACACAGCAGUCACAGUGAGAGUGUGAACAGUAAUUAUGCAUGGUAAGAAUCCCAAAAUUUGAGUAGGUUGGAAAUACUAGGACAUUUUCACUAUUAACACAGCAAUAUGUCAAUGGGAAUACUUGACCUAUGACUUCUGGAUAGAGCAGGUGCACUGACAUUAAACAGACACACACGAUGACUGGCGGUGGAAGCAAUUCCUGAUUUGAGUUAAGUGGUUCACCUGUUUAGCAAAGUUAAAUGUCACGUAAAAGCAGUAUUGUCUAAAAGUGUUAUUGGAAAGCUGAGAUUCAUGGAGAUGCAUUGUGAUUUACUGUCUUUUGACAUGCACAGUUAGAGUCAUAACAUCAGCCAAUAUAACUCACAGAAACCAGCUUCAUUUCCCUUAAUACAGCUGCCAUCUUUGUUGGAUUAUGAAUUGGUUGGAGAAAUUCAUUAAACCCUUUGUUUUGUUUUUUUACACUUUGGAUGGAUCGGUCUACCAACCAGAUGGUAAGAAAAGGCUCCAGAAGAGCAGCAAGCGAUUUCAACAACCUCCUAAAAUUCUUACAGAUAAUGGUUGAUUUAUUUUUUUUGGAAAAAUAAAUUGCACGCUAAGCUGCGGGACUCAAAUGUAAUGGCGAGAAGAAAAAUGAGAAGCACAGACUGUGUGGCUUUGCAGGGGAACAAACCAAGAAGGAAUGUUUGGAGGAGAAUGUUGAAAAGCUGAGCCGCUGUGUCUGUUCUGUGCUCGUACAUAGAUAUGGAUGUACAGUGAAGGGGGCCUUUGACCACGGGAGGAGAGAAGUGUCAGGGAGUCAAGCCUCCCUUCGGGCAGUCAAGCUGUCAAGUGUCCCUUUCUGAGUCCUGAACAUACUCACUGACCUGAUCCUCAAGGAUACAUGACCUUUGUAGCCAGCUUGUUUGGCGUGUAGGGAUCAGGGCCACGACUGCUUGACCUGCAGCACCCAGAGUUCUCUAAAGGCCUUGGUCCUUGCUUAUGCUUCUCGUAUUUGAUUGGACGCUGACGGCAGAGAUGGCUUUUGUAUGUGAUGCUUUAACUGCCUUUAAUCUGGAGGCUGCUAGUAAAGCCUGCACAGAUGGUGCCUUCAGCAUAAUACUCCACUAGUGAAUUUUUUUGAAAGUGCUUUCUCUGCAAUAUGGAGGUCAGGCUGGUGGCAGAAAGGCAUGAUUUACUUUACAGUCACUUUUAGCCCAGAAGGGUUGCAUAAUAGCAGCUACUUCAGGGGUUCCGUCACAGCUUCUUCUGAUAUAUAGAGCUUCUCGAGGGGGCUUGGCAUGGCUAGACGAAAAGUGAGUGUGCGCACGGUUGGUGAGAAGUUAUAUCCUUUGCUGACUCAGAAUUCCUUUGGUCUUUAGAGAAGUAACUCCUUUGUUGCCCUCCCUUCCUCUUAUCACGGCCUUGUGCUGUUUUCUGCUUUUCAUUCUUGGCAGUCAGGUGCCCCUGCUGGCAGGAGAACCCACCACGCCUGCGCUGUCAUGGCCUAGAUACAGAUAGUGCGUGAGAGGUGGGUGUGGGCAAGGGGAGAAAAGGAAGCAAUGGCAAAAGGAAGGGGACUCUAAGGGACCUUGUUGUCUUGGCAAGGGCAGGGAGGAGGUGGCUGGCUGUGCCGUCCCAUUGCCUCACCACCUGUCCCCUAAAAAAUCACAGUCAGCCUGCCAGAGAAACUCAACCAGGGAUCACAAAGUCAUGAUGCCAGAAAGAUGCUUGUUGCAGUAUCAGAUGCAUAUUACUUCUUUUGAACCUUUAUUCUUAAACUCCGUCUUGGAAUCAGAUACUUAAGCUCAACGUACUUUUAUUUUUGUCUUACACACAUAGAUUUUGUUCGCAGUUGUGUCCCUUACUUGUCCUUUUGACUCGGCAUGAAGGAAUGCCUUUUCACAUAUGUGAUGGGCUAUUCUUGUGUAUGUGUGGGAGGGUUUGCCCUGGUCCACAGAUCAAUGCGAUAUCACAAGGCAGUAUUCACUUUUAAGUCCAGCAGGAAACUUCCACAGCUGGGAGGGGCGGUGGUGUGGAUGGCAGAGUGGGAUGGUGGGGUUAAUUAAUGAUGAGGAAUGUAAUCUACGGUUCAGCGUUUUAUUUGGGUCAAGUCUUGUAUUCCCUGUUUACCAAGUGAGCCUGCAAAUAUAGACCAGCCUCAUCCCCUCUGUAUGCGUCUAGUAAUUGCAUUCUAGAAAUGCCGACGUUUCUGCUGCCAAUGAGCCCUCCUUGGGAGGUGCGAUCACGCCUGUUGAGGCGUAUUAUCUCAGAGGCAAGCUGUGAAUGAGUGCAGAAAACACUGAAGUCAGGCCGAGUUUCUGGAACGUAACAUUUGUCUUUUGGUUUACAUUACCAUAUUGUUAAGAAUUGGCUAAUACAAUGCUAGGAGUCAUGUAAUCAUCACUUCUCUAAAUUACAACUUUCGCCAGGAUUUCACCUCUUUCAGAAGUCACUUCAUGGCACAUUUUUUAUAACAUGUAAGGUUUUCAGAGAGCCAAAUUCCCUCCCUUCGUUUACAUGAGGGUUUACAUAUUUUAAUAGGGAAUAGAUGGCAUGCCUUGAAAUAGUUGACCGUAAUGGGCAGUGAAAAAGCAAAGAAAAAGAUUCAGACAUUAUAUUUUGGAAGUAUCACAUAAGUGCUGUCAUUCAAGACAUCAGAAGCCCUGUACUUCAGCUAUAGGAAAAUAAUGGUCAUUUUGCUAGUAUUACUGCUUUAUUCCAGUUACCUCGUAAGUUGGAUGUCGGAGCUGGGAUGACAUUACACCUGAGUUGACGGCGUUCCAGAUAACUAGACAGAAAACUAAGAUGGACGCCUACAGUUAGCCGUUGUUAGCUGUUGUUUACAAUUGUCAGCUGUCGUUAGCCAUUGUCAGUUGUUGUUAGCGAUACCAGUUGUAAACAACACAGACACAGUAUUUUACUCUUACAAACACCAUAGCACUGUGUUUACAGUUAGACGUUGGGCAGUACAACAUAUACCAGUUAUUUAAUUUCACCAAAAACAAAACAGAAGUGCUAAUAAAUAACUUGACUUUCAGAGUCAGAAGUCCAACUUCAGGGGUGCAUUCCAGAUGAAUUUCCGACUCAGAGCUCUGAAAUUCCAACUUCUGAGUACAACUGGAACGCAGCAUAAGUACAACAGCACAGCUAAGAUUGCAAUACUGCUCUCAUAUGCCAACUCAAGUGGGAUACACAGUGGUAAACAGUCAUCUUUAAAAGGAGAUUGAUAUUUUUGGGAGCUUUCAAUUCAUAUUUUUGUGCACCAAACUCAACUUGACUUAAAUUGGUCUUUGCAAACAUUCUAAUGAAAAAAAUUGCAGAUUAUAGUUAAGUUUUGGAUCAUGUUCACUAUCAUGAUUGUGAAUGGAGCUGACAGUUUUAUGAUCAGUCAACAUCUUAAAAAACCUCUGUAAAAGUUCCUACAAACUUGUUCAUCUCUGUGUAAGUAUGGCGCAGUAUUUUUCGACUUUCCUCUCAUGAGUCUUUUGGGUUUGUGACCUGAGCUCAGCUCCACACAGCGAACCUCUAUCACAUCCAGACACUCGUCCACAUGUCACUACUCACUCACAGAACAAGCCACCAACAAGCACGCUUUGUUAAGUGGCUGCCUGCGUACUGGUGAAGCCCUCCAGGGUUAGUGGGGACAUAUGUUCUCAAUAGACCUGUGUUGUCUGUUCUUCCCUCAUACAAGCGCUAGUUGACAGCAUGAUGGAGAGAGGUUUAGGACUCACACAAAGGUGGUUGUGUGCACGUGCAGGGCCAGGUUUUUUGUCCAAACACGCCCCACCAAUCCCCCUCUGCUGCCUGACCUUUUCUGUUUACCAUGUGAGGAAAAUGUUGAAAUAGUUGCCUUGAAGUCCUGGGGAGGGAUGCCAUCAUUGUGUCAAAGAACAGACACAUGAUAGCGGAGACCUUUGGGUGUGGGGAGGCUUUUCAUUUAUAACAAACAAUGAAUAUCAAUUUAAGGGUCAGUCUGACAGGAGUCACAGAGUUCUAUUAAAUGAUAUGACAGGAAUGGAUUUUUUCAGGGUUUUCUAUUCUAUAGCAAUCUUCUUUUUGUUUUAGCUUAUAAAAGGCAAGAGUUUAUUUGUUGAGUCUUUUGAAUGGAUGCCCAGGAUACAAAAUCUUGGUGAACAUAAUCCUCAAUUUGGUAAUUUGGCUGAUAAAAUCAAGAAUCUCCUCUCGGAAACCUUUGGCCUUCUUAUAUUCCCGUUCCCGCAGUAACAAAGUUUUCCUUUAAAGCAUUUGCCUGGCUUUUUAGGAUUAAAGUGAUAUAGUUGUUCAAUUAUAUUCUUAUAUUUCAAUUGUCCUGUAAAAGCUUAAGAGGAGUAUUAAUUGUAGUCUAGUCUCUUCUGAUGUAAGAGGUGUGGCUGUAUUAGCAUGCUUUCUUACAUACAUUGCUGUUAAUUGAUUAUCCAGCAUGCCUGCAAAUGUCUUGGAUGCCUAUUGUACCAAAUAAAGCUUGAAAAUACUUUCUGAAGUCUUAAAAAAAAGGAAUUGGGUGAUGGCAAGAGAAUUAACUCAAACAAGUCGAGCAAUUUUGGUAUCGUAUUCAUUUUUAAGUUAUUAAUGUGGCCAAUUAAGGAAAUUAGCAUUAAAGUCCAUCUAUUAAGAGAUUCUAUUACAGAUUCCACAAUGGGAUUGUAAUUAGUGGGAACCAGAUCAUUAAUUUCAGGUGUAAUUUUAAUUCCCAAAUUGAAUCCUUCCUUGGGGGCUGAAAUGGAAUUUGUAUUCGCGGUUGUGACCUCAUCUGUUCAUUUAGAAACAGUUAUAAUGGUUUGUUUAUUUGAUUUUUCACUUUGUAUCCUGGUAAUUCUGCAAAACUGUUCAGAAAUCAAGUCUUACAGGAAUGGCAUUGAACACUCAUGUUUUUUUUAUGAAAGAAAAGAACAACAUCAUCGGCGUAAAGCAUUAGGCUCUAUAAUGUUUCGGCUUACCAACUGAAGCCUCUGGUAUGGACAGAGACUCUCUGAUUGCUCAUGCAAAUGUAACCAUGACUACAACGCACAACAAGAGAGAGAACAGUGAUGUUUUUUUGUUGUUUUUUUUCUAGUGUAAGGUUGUUAAAUGUUUUGCAUUUUCACUUCAUCGUGAUGUUUCUUGACUGUGUGUGUGUUUUCUCGUUCCCGGCCUCUAAGAUGACAAGCGGAGCAAUUAACUUGUAGCAUCUAAGUUGUGAUUGUCAUGCUAGCGGGGCUUUAGGCGUACUUGUUAGAACCGGGGAUUAUACAGUUAGAUGUGGUUGUGUAACUGCUUGGCUGCCACAGGUUCUGAUUGUGUCAAUGGUUUUCAUACAGCAGAGCAUGCACCCAUAGCACCCUGUCUUCCAGAUCCUUUCAGCCUCCUCCAUUGUUCCGUCUCCGCUAUGCUCUAAAGCUGAUUACAGCGCCUUCUCUAAUGAAAGCUAAUCCUGUGUCAUGGCAUUGUAGAGACGGAGGAGGGGGGCAGGCCUCAGCACGGCAAAGCUAGCAGGGAAUGUCUUCUUCAGGGCCUGUCAGAGUGGCUUUCAGAGGAAAUGCCAGUGUGUGUUAAGGUCUUUGCAAUCCUGGAAGUCUGCAAGGUAUUUUAUUUUUAUUUUUAGAGAGAUUGAGCAUUUUUGGUUUACACCCUAGCCACAGUUCUUCCCAAACCUGUAACAGCCUGUAAUAAUGUCCUUUAACAAGCCAUCCAUCAUCACUUCUUACUAUUUUGUACAAACACUAAAAUAAUAUAGACAAAUCGGGGCUUGGAGUUUGCAGUUUAUUACAUCACUGGUGUCUUUGACCUUGUUGUACCUUACCUGCCGAAAGCAUAGCAACUUUAUACAAUAGAUUACUGCAUCAUCACUGCCAUGCUAUUUUGUGUAAAUUCAGUUGAAUUUUCUGCAGUCUUUAUACAUUAUCGACCAUUAUCGAACACCUUCAAUUUAAGAUUUGCAAGCUCAUGGCAUGAAAGCUGUAUGAAAUUAUAUUUUGUAAUGGCCUGCGGCAGCUAUGGCUGUACAAACAUUUGCAUGCCAUGUGAAUGAAUAUCACUUAUUGCUAAAAUAACAGAUUUAAAAAAACAAACAAACAUCGAUCUGUCUUGUCUUGAAGGAUACAAAAUCUGGUUGAUAAUGGACAGAGACACCAGUCCAGCACAUGGGGUGGUUUUUCAGCAUUUUAGUUCUUUGGAUUUUGAUUAAUUAAAAUGUGUAGACGAGGACCUAAUCAAUUUUAUUGCUGUGAGAAGAAAUGAGCUUUUCAAUGUGUCUUUAUUACAAGAUGAAUUCAAUCUGGUGUUAGCUAACUGCUAACAAUUGACCAGAGGGUUGUUUGACAAUGACGACAUGGAUGGACUGUCAGUUAACUCAAAGUUAGGCCCGGCAAAUACAGAGGAAUCUGACCAGAUUUUUGAUUCAUUGGAAAUCAGAUUAGGGUGCAAGAAUCUGACGUGGCAUGUUCAGCUACUCUGGACUGGUUGGAUGAAUUUCUGGCAUGUUAGAAAUUUUGAUCCGGGCCUUUAUUUCCUGAGUGGCACCAAAGUACCAUGGCAGCAUAAUGUGUAUAAUGUGCAUAAAUUAUAAACUUUGAUUGUGUUUUGAUACAGAAUCAAACAGAGCGUGCUCAGUGAGGACAGCUACUCUUUUCCCCAUCACGCUCAUCUUUAUUUAUUUUUACUCUUGAUACAUUUUUAUCUUAUUGACUGAUGUUACACUCUCCACUGGCCCAUGCACCACCCCCGCUCUGGCUCCAAAUCCAUUGAAGCUGUUGCCAGCUGUGAUCCCCAUCCCUUGUGACCUCUCACUCUGCCAUUGAUUGGGCCGCUACAUUGAUGACUUGCUACACGCCCAAACUCAGCUAAAAAAAAAAAAAAAGCAGGGACGUCCCUCUGAAUAUACCCAUCUACUCCCCUUAAACCACACAUCUGCAGCCUACCUCAAUCUAUCCAUCUUUACGUCCGUGCAACCAUUCCUCUGUUCACCCACGCCAGCCUCCCACGCUGCAGCCCUCACCUCACUAAUUAAUCAGAGACUUAGCCAGAGUGCUGUCUGAGCAGCAGUGCAUUUUGAUCACCUGCUGCUGCUAACGCUUUCCACAUUUCUCAUCUCGAAUCCGUUGAGCCAGCAGCAGGAUUAACGUUUGCCUGUCACUCACUCUCACACUGCUGUCGCCCGGACCUCUCAAACACAGCUAUGGGCUAUUUUCUGUCAGCGCUCGAUGGUCUUUGAUAACCCUGACAGCCAUGCCAGCAUGAACGCACGUCUUAUGUGUAUUGUUGGCUUGUUUAGUAUACAACCUGUCUGUCUCAAUAAUGAGAACCCCUAGAUAGCUGUCAAUGACAGGAGCAUGUGUGCAGACAGCCAUGCAUGCUGUUGCAGCGAACAGCUGUCGGAUGCACUGUCACACUCCUUUGAUUCGUGUUCAUCACAUUCUUCUCAUUCGUUGUUUUGAAAGCAUGUAACAGUGAGAUGUGUAUCGUAAGGCUUCUGCUGAUAUUUUCCAGCAUCAGAUCAAAUCGGUGCAGAACGUAACAUGCUGCUGGCGACUCAUUUUUAAAGCCAAUAUUUUGAUGGAUGGGAGAUUAAGACUGAAACUCUACAGCUCUGUUUCCUUGGCAACGCCUUUUACACACUUUUAUCUAAUAUCUCUCCUGUUUGUUGAUGUGAUGUUAAAGCUUAUAUCACUCCAGUAGAUGAUGGUGGUCAGCAUUUCUUUAGUGCGCAGGAAUAGUCGACCUGUAGAAGUUCAUCAAAGCUAUAGUAUACGAAGAGUCGUGAUUCCGUGAUGCUGAAGAUUCAUAAAUCUGGGAUAUAAGGGAUUAAACACUAAAUAUAAUGUAGAUGUUUCUCGUCUUGCUGGACCUCAUGGAUCAUUAGAACCUCCUUUUUUGCUUCUACAGUAAAUUGAACUGGCUCGCUAGUAAUUUGAGGGAAUGAAUUGAGUAAUAGGAGGACAUAGUUUUAUAAUUUUAGGGCAUGAAUUAUGAAUUACAGGGAGCAAAUUAAGUAGUACAAGUUAUUGUACUAUUGCAAAUUAUUAAUUCCAGAUAAGGAGCCAUUUUUGUGCACAGAUGAUUAAAUAUGUUAUCCUUUAUACCUGCUGGGCUCAGCCGUAUUACUUGUCUUCACAGCAGAGUAUCUUUGAUGCAGGUCCCCUGAGUCUUUGUUGACAGUUCUCCUCCGUCUCCUCUUAAGCAUUUUUAUUUCCUCUCUUUCUUUCUUUUUUUUUCUCCAUCUUUUAUUUUUUUUCCCUCUCUUUGUGUCUGUCUGUAACUGGGGAGAUGAGUGUUGUUGGCUCCACUCAUCUUCCUGUGUCGACCACAGAAGUAACCACUCCAUUUCCAUACUGCGCACAGAUAUAUUAGGCUGACUCAAAAGCACUGAGCUUCAAAGCUAAGCUCCGCUAAGCGUUUUCAUUCAGGGCCGGCUUCCAUCCCUGCUAAUGCAUGGUAAAGAGGUUCACGCCAAUUUCUGAGUGACCUUUUCACCGCUGGACCUAAAGCCUGCGGGUUUUUUGAAUCUCUAGGCCAUCCUCGUUGUCCAGAUGGUAGGCAUUACUGUAUAUGUUCUAUAGGUUGAUUUCCAUUUUAAUACAUUUUCAUAUACGAUGACGUAAUAUUGGAAAACAGAAGUAGCUCUCCUCCUCGCUGCAAAUACCAGGUGUAGCAGUUCAGCCGUGCUGCUGGAUUAUUUCCCUGGUUGAAUCCAGCCUUUGGGCCUUGUGAAAUCUGUUAUAAUUUUCUUCAUAACCCUUUCCUCUCCCCAAAUUCUAUAUUUUCCCUUUUAUUUUUUCUGAAGCACAUCUAGUUAGGAUUAUGCACAAAGUUUCAGCAGUCCUUAAGGAAAGGAUUCAAAAUUUAAAGCUCCUCUGAGGAGUUUUUAGCUGGUAAUAAAUCAGACUGAAAUUUAUUCAGAUGUGUCUGUAUGGUCUUAAAAAGCAACAUUUUCAUCAGGGCGAAGAUUGAUUAUUUCUGGGGGGUAAUUUUAUAUGCCUGAAAAGCUCUUAUUACACCGUGUCAGACAAAGAGAUUCAUGGCCCACUGCAGGAACAGCCUCUUUAAAGUUUUACCACUCCAAAGACAUAUCGGAAGUUGCAAGUAAAACAUCUAAAAUAGAGAAAAAAUGGUUUUAUUUAUUAUUUAAAAAAAAAAAAAAAAACGGGCUACAGAAGUAGAUCAGCAAAACUGACAAAACCCUGAUUCUUUUCAGCUUCAGUGACUCUUGUUAGUUUGGAUAUUGCUGUUCCCUUAAUAAAGCUGUUGCUUUCCAAUUACUGUUUUUCCACUCCAUGUUGACAAGCUGACAGUUUGUAACUGACAUGCAAAACUGACUGUGCAAUAAUCUGACUAGCUGUGUAAAUGUGCCUUGCCUACGGUGUGGCAAACUCAAGGGUAUUUGGAGACUUACAAUUCCCUUUUCCAUCGUCAAAUCUGUGUUUCCUAAAAAGUGGAAAUCUUAGGGCCAUAUGUUAACGCUUGCUUUUGCAGAAUUAUUGAAUUAAAGUGCGUUUAAGCAUUUCUUAUCUGUACAUUUUUUUAUUAUUAUUAUUAUUAAUAGACUAACUCUCCAAUUAAAACCAAUUUCUGGAAUUCAUUCAUUGAAGUUUUAUUCACAAAUGCACUAAACCAUCUGCAUGUGUGAAUGCAAAUUAAAGAAAAUUUCCAGCCUGACUCAGCCUUGGAUUUUUUUUUCUAGUUAAGACAAGGUCAAGGGGAGGUUAUGAAUGAGCGCAGCAGAAAACAUUUGGGAAAAUUCACAGGAAGCGAAGGGGAGGGGGUGGAGACAUACACUACAGGCCCAAAGUUUGGAAGCAAAGCCAUUACAGGCCGAACAGUUGGGAGUAACUUCAAGUUUUUGUUCACAACAUUUUUUCAAAAAUCCAGCAUGAGUUUUAUGUAUUUUGGGAUGCUUUUACUCCAUGAUCAGAUGUUGCUUUCAUGGAAAUGCACCAUUUUACUCCAUUUACCUUUAGAUAUACAUUGAUGUUAACGGACCAUUGCUAUGUCAGCAAAAGAUAAUAAGGGCUUAGUUUUAGGGUUGAAAAUAUUUGUAAGAGUCACAACUUCAGUGCAAAAAAAAAAACAAAUCACAGUUGGAUUAUUCACUUCAACUUUUUGGCUUUUGAGAGUCUGCAUACAAAAAUCCUAAUAAAUCUCAACUGUGUUCAGACUACCGCAGAAAUGGCUAGAAAGAAGCAACUGAGUAAAGAAACAAAAGUACAGAUUUGUAGAUCGAGGAAAGAAGGAUACACAGAAAGAGAAAUUGCAAAACGCCUAAAGGUGUUUAACAAAUGAGUCCACUACACUCUGAAGAGACUAGAGGAACCUGGAAGUUAUGAUGAUAGAAAAAGACCUGGACGAAAGAGAGUUACUACAAAAGCAGAGGAUAAACAUAGCAUUGUCACCAGUAAGAGAGAUCGGUGAAAGACAGCACCACAAAUAAGGGAGGAAAUCAACAUGACAAGGUCGAAACCCAUAUCUCUGACAACAGUGAAAAGACGUUUGAGAAAGGCUGGUCUGAAGGGUUGUGUAUCUGCAAGAAAACACUACUUCGUCCACAGAACAAGAAAAAGAAAUAUGAGUGGGCAAAAGCUCAUGAGUCUUUUUGUAUGUACCACUGAUGCAAAUGCAAAACAGCGAAGACUUCAUGUUGUUGGGGAUUUGUGUGAACAUGCAACUUUGGAGGAUGUCAAGAGUGCAUGUGUAAAAAAGUUAAAUAUUUUCAUAGAACUAUUGCUUUAUUCUGAUAUUUUAAAUUGUUUAGGGAGUGUAUUUUUAAAGCACUUUCUCUAGUCUUCUGACCACCCCCGUUUCACAGGCAUAGACUGUAUGUACUAUGGACAACUUGGUUUCGCCUUCCGCCCUCUCUCGGUAAGCUCUUGGUAAUUCCGCGUUUUCUCUCCAUUUCCCGAAACCAACAUUGCGCAGUAGCGUUGUACGCAAUCCACUACUUGCGCAGUAGCAUUAUGUGCAUUCAGCGGGAGAGUCGCCAACAGUUGCUGUGAUGACUUGGCUUGUCUCAAACAGCGCAUCGCCCCGGUGAGCUACGCAAUCGUUGUACGCCCGUAGGCUGUAUCAAGUGUCAAUCAUAGAAAACAUGAACCCCCUAAUAACUUUUAAAAACAGAGCUGUACAGAAAAAAGGACUUAAGCACAAACCAGUCUUACAGUAACUACAUGUCAACAUCGCAAACAGAGGGGAGAAACUUUUAUUUUUUGUGUAAUUAAUCUCUAAAGUUUGUCCGUAGGGAUUGCUGGAGGAGGCGGGAUUUAUGACAUAUACUGCAGUCCGUCACCAGAGGGUGCUGUUUUCACAGUGGAUUCACCCAGCAUGAAGGCAGACGGCGUCCAUUUUAUAGAGUCUAUGGAGAUGAUCAACUCUACCACUAAGUCAUGGCUGCUAUCAUUGACAGUAGAUUCUCACAACAUUGGAACAAUAUUUCCACACUAACAAUCAUUUGUAGAUAAAGCUGGCAGCCAUAUUUCCCAGAGAGUGUUGAAAUACUUCAUAAUAUGAUACAUCCUUCAGUUGUGGACCCGAGGACAUCAUUGUGUAACUGAAAUUUAUCUUCCACUAAUUGUAUCUAUGGAAUGCAUUAUAUCAUGACUGACUUAUGAAUUAUUGAUUGACAGCGUUAUAGCUCUCAAGAUGGCAUAGAGAAGGAGGCGGAGUCGUGGAAAAAGAGAGAUGCCAAUUUUAGUUCUGACAUAAAGACAUCUCGCUCAUGUAUCCAGAGUGUGUGGUAGACCAUAUUGCAAUUAUUGCCUUGUGGAUAUAAUGCAUUGUAUGGUUCAGCUGCAGCUCUUUGUUGUCAGCAAAGAUGGUCACAUCUCCUGCAUUAUGCAUGUCAGGUAAUCAGAUUCGAAUGGACUCUGUGCUAGUGUAAUAAUGAAGCGAUGAAACUGCCGUCAGAUGACAUUUGAAGUCGAGGUGCUUUCGGAUGUACAGUGUGUUCCUUUGUUUCCUCCCGCCUACAGAAGCCUGUGCAUUCUGCUCAUCCUGGACUCCUAAACAUAUCUCCAUCUAAUUGAAUGUCGUUAUGUAAUUUAAUUAACAGACCCUGGCUAUCAGUGGAGUGACUUGCACCCUCUUGGUGCACUAUUCAACACUUGGCAGUCUUCCUCCGUGCAUAUAGCACACACAGCGGAUGCAUCAUCACUAAAAGGCUUCCAACUAGGAAAAGUCUUGAGUGUGAUUGAAUUUUUUUCUUCCAAUUCUGCAGUCGAUAGCAGAUUUAUCUUAUGCAUACAGUGCAACUUCCUUCUGCUUUUAUUGUGGAAAAUAUUCUCCGAUCUUAAGUCAUUCUUUUUGAAUGUAUGCUUCCUACAGGUGAAAAAUGCUCCAGCGUGCAAUUAACAGCUAGAGAGAACUAAAAAUGCAAUAAAAUGAGAUGCAAAAUGUGCAUAAAAGUGUAAAGAGACAAAAAGAACGAUAUGGCCUCAAAUCAAUAUCACAGUAUAUUGAGCAGAUCACCUUGAUAAGGAUAAAUGGACCAUAACUACUCCACAAGCUGCUCACCCCCUCCCACAUUAAUCUACUUCAGCCGCUACAACUUUUGAACCGUCCUCCAUCUCCUCACCUGUCUUUCCCUCUUUGUUACGGACUGGAUGGGGUGGAGUCACAUUUCUGACAUAGGACAGCGUCUUAAAGGGACACGAGACCGUAGCCUACCUACACACAUCCAAAACCAACUUUUAUUUAUUUGACAUCAAAUGUAUUGACAUGGGCAACAUGGCGUCAGUUAUUGUCGUAAAUUUCGGUAUCAGUAAAUUUAUGGUUUAUCGCCCAGCCCUAUUCUGCAGUAAAAUCUGAGUUAUCUCGAAACUCAAGAUGAAAAGAAAACUAUUGCUGUUAGUUUUUUGACUGUAGGUGAUCAUUGAGUGUUAUCCAGUCACUCAAUCAGUAUCUCAUGAAGUUAUUGUCAUUUUACUAGUUAGUUUUAUUGGUUAAAAAUGCUGGAAAUGUUCAGUUCAGUGAAUCUGCAGUUUGAAGGCCUGUUUAAAAGCUUUAAAUACGGAGUAACUGAAUAUCAUCUGCAACUACAGCACAGUGUGACACACAGGACUGGUUACUUAAAGGAACAUGAGACCAUACCCUUACUACACACAUCCAAAACCAACUUUUAUUUAUUUAGUUUUUUUGACACUGAAUUAAUGAUAUGGGCAAAAUGAUGUUGGUUAUUGUCGUAAAUUUUGGUAUCGGUAAAUUCUUGGUUUAUCGCCCAGUCCUACUGCGCACUGUAGAGGGGUUGAAAGGGCCUUUAGACAGGUCAGCGCUAAGAGGUUUGAUCUGUCAUUUUGUUCUUACCUGACCAAGGAAUUGAUGCACUGUAUGAUUAGUUAGUGAGUUUCCACUUGAUUAAUUGCACAAACAUCUUGUGUUUGUCGCCAGCCACGUGUCUUGCCUGAGGAUAAAAAGCACAAUUGGAUCGCUGUAAUGACCACUUUUUUUUUUUUUUUUUGGGGGGUUAUUAAGGAAGCAGAGUUUAAGAUCAGUAUCUUGCUCUGCCUUUGCAUAAUAACAUCUGAACAUGCAGUCAAAUUACCUCUGGUAUUCUAUGCUUUGUAUGAACCGACCUUUGUUGCACCCGCGCAUAGUUUUGAAGUCUUUGUUCUGCCUCAGCUCCCUGUCGAUCCUGCUGAGAUUUCCACUGGUCAUGCUGAGUCUUAAAGAAAAAAAAAAAAACUGGUGUGGUGGCUUGUCUGCUAAACGUAGGCAGUGACAACCCGAGUCUUGCCCACGCUGCAUCAUGCACCGUCACCGCAUUAUGUUUACACUUUUUGCUUUCCUGGCUCUGAGAAUACAAGAAUUGAUCUGAAGUCGUUGCUUUUCUUGCCAAGCUGUCUCCUGGUCUCCUGGUCUCCUGUACCUGUACGGUUUUGAAGAAAUUCAUUUGAUUCAUCAGCAACCCACUCAUUGGCCGCGGUCCCAACCCGGCUCAGGCUAUGCUGACUUCAAACUGAGUCAAGUCAAGUCAAUUUCAUUUAUAUUGGGCCAAAAAUCAUAACAAAAGUCAUCUGGGGGCACUUUUCAUAUGGAGAAGGUCUAGACCGUAGUUAGGUAGUUAUUAACAGAGAGCUCACUUUCAAUAAGCGUCUGGGGAAGAUAGGGUCAAUAUCUGCUAUAGGUCUCACAGUGUAGUGGAUGAAAAUAUACUGGCGCUAUAGCUGUCUGCUGUGGUGCUCAUUAGAUAUUGAUUGUAUGUCCAUAUUGUGAGAGUUGAGCUGUAUAAUAUCAAUAAAAGCACUUUUUUAUGCUGUUAAGAAGUAGAGCCCUAUUUUGAGUUUUUGAAUUCCACAAAUCUUGACUGGAUUUCACAUGUUGUAACUGAACUGCUGUUUGUUUUGUACCUACAAUGUAAGGUGCAGUUUACACCGCGUUCACAUUCAGUCACUCACACAACCGUCAAGGCCGGGAAGAAAGGUAAUCCGCAGCAAUCGGAGACGUCAUUACUGACAGUUCAGGCCAAAAAAAUCAUGCUCGCACUCUGUGUUCUCUGCUAAAUGAAUCCAGCAGUUUGCUCGUGGAGCUCUGCAACAGUCUGUCUCACUUUCUCCAAUUAAGCUGAUCUGUCCAGCACCAUAUGAGUGCACAUCUCCCGCUGUCUCGUUCCUCAGAGGGAUCACAUUAGCUCUGAACUACACCAACCUGAACAUUUCAAGCUGCCUGUCCCCCCGCUGUUUCCUCAGCGGUUGCAGAUGCGCCGCGCCCGGUGGUGCAGAUUUGUGGAGAACAACACCUGAAAGUCUGAUGUCUUCAGGAGUUCAUUUUGUGCUCUCAAAAGUCACGUGAACAAAGCGUUCUUUUCUCCACCAAGACAGAAAUUGGUAAACGUUGCUAUAAACGUUGCUGACCAAUGCGAGGCAGCAUUAAAUAAUCUUUAAAAUUUAUUUAGCGUGCCCUCCAGACAUCCAGAGGAUUAGCUACCUCUUAGUCUUUAAACCUAAUGGCUGAUGGAUGGCUUUAAUUUGUAUGUUGGAAAUUACAAUGCUAAUCUGAGACAAAUUACCAGGCAAAGUUAAAUCACACUCCAGACUUUUUUUCCUCUUCAUGCUCCCUGGCCCUCUCUCACUCUCUCUCAUCAUUUCUCUCUCUCUCUCUCUCUCUCGCUUGAUUCGAGGCUGCAGUGCAAUUUUGCCAUUACAUAACAGAGGGGAAUGGAGAAAUGGUAAGACUAAUGAAGGCAAAAGCAGGCAGCUAAUGGAGACCGUGUUUUUGAGUCACACUUGGGUUUCAGGCAGAUCGCCUUGGGUCAGUUUGUGCUCCUGCAGUUAUGAGGCUGCGUAUGAAAGGCUGGAUGCACAGGGUUAUUUGCAACAAUCCGCCAUUACUGUGCGGGUAUGCUCUGAUACUGUUGCUUGGCAGAAAAAUGGAGGAGAGUUUGCAGUUUUAUCCUGCUUUGACAGCAGAGAAUAUUUAAUUACUGCAAAGACGGCAUGUUGACCUCCCCUUUUUAUCAUCUUGUUCAAAAUCAAAAUGUUUUUUUUUUUACUCUUUACAUAUUUUUUUUUUAACCCAUGUUGUGCUUGGGAUUUUGUGGGCCUCUUUCUUGGAGCGUAGAACAUACUAUUACUAUGUGCUAUGCUAUGCUCUGGCAGGGGUGGGUGUUACUCUAGCUAAUAAGAGGGCUGUUAGAAAUUCCAUAAGAGGAAAGUUCACAGUGUUUCCAUCGUCACGACUCUAUAGGAAAUGAAAGGGUGAUGUGCUGAAAGGUUGCCAGUCUGCCAACAACCACAGAUUGAGCUGUGGUUAUUCCCUUUAAAGAAAAAUGUUAUUCUUCAGUGUUUGAAUUUUAGGAUAUGUCAUGUUUUGUCACUUCUAAUGGAGGUGGCUCAGUCGACAUUCACGCCUUCCUACUGCUAAAACUGCAAGACUGUGGGAGCAUCAAUCUGUAAAAAGGCUUAACAUUAAAUGCAAUGCUUGGGUUUUACUUCUUUAUUGUGGUUCUAUUAUGUUUCGAUUGACAUUUGAUUGGACACAGCCUCAGUGACAUCACCCAUUUGAUUCUAAAGUGUACGUUUGAAGGUUUUCAGCAGCAGACGCCAUGUUAAAGACAGUAAACCAGCCUAACUUUUGAUUGACUUAACAGUGCAAGUGCAAGAACAGCUACAGCGCCCACUUGUCAGUCAAGUUAAACUCAUAAUAACCGUCAUAUCUUUGAAACAAAUGCAUUUUAGAGAAUUUGCUCUAUUCAGUGUAUGCAAAGAAAGAAAUUAGCUUUUUAAGCUAAAACCGUUUUUUAAUGUGGCGUUCAAUGCCAACACCGCGCCAUCUUAAGAGGUGCGCAGUAAGAUUGGAUAUGUUGGUAGCGUUUUUAGCUUAACCUCUGCAAAAUCUGACGAGGACACCUUCUGUUUACAAAACAAAAACAAAAGAAACGUGUCCAGACUUCAGUCUUGAUAAUCUCUUUUUUAUAUUGCUUCUCUCUCUGCUAUACCCAUUAAUGGCAGCAUAUAUUGUGCAUUAUAUACAACAUAAUAUAAUAGCAGUAAAAAUACAGUGAAAAUAAACAGUUGAAAAAAUAGUGUAAAUCGCAAUAUAUUGUUUCGCAUUACUUACUGUAUUGCAAAAUGUUAAAAAUCGCAAUAAUACCAUAUUGUGGUGCAAGUAUCAUGAUGGUAUUGUAUCAUGGCCCAAGUAUCGUGAUAAUAUCAUAAUGUGGCCCAAAUAUUAUAAUAAUAUCGUAUUGUGGCCAAGGUAUCGUGAUCAUAUCGUAUCAUGGGGCCACUAGUGAUUUUCACCCCUAUAGAGGAGUGUUAACUUUUAUCGUGAAACUGUCAGAUUUUUAACAGUGCUAUAUAUUUCCAUUUCAGCAAUGCACACUAAAUAUAUUUUAACUAUGCAAUACUCACUCUUAAUUAUGUAAUAGCAUUAUGAUUGUCCACUAAGCAAUUUACAUGAUCUACCAUAUGACAUGUACUGUUAUGUACAACAUUCCUAAUCAGCUGUAGUUAAUUCUUUACUGCCACAGUGUAAGAUGUGUUUUUACUUUGCAAUAUAUGUAUAUUUAGCAUACAAUUUACAUGAUUUUUUAUGCAAUAGGCAUUCUUUCUAGUACAGUAUACUGUAUAUUUCUCAUCCUGCCUUAUCUCCUGUGCAAUAUAAGUAAUCUUUUGUGCAUUCAUUAUCUCCUGUGAAGUCAGGUCUGUAUAAAGUCAACAAAAUGAUUUUUGCACUAGAAAGAGUUUACUUGGCUUAGAAAGUUUUUUCAAGUCGGGGCAUUAAUGAAUAAAGUUUGAGAACCGCAAGUCUUUUGGGUGGCUCUCUGCCUAACUAAUUAUAAAAGGAUGUAUGUUUUCUGCGGACAUAGCUGAAAACAAUUUGGUUAAGUUUUCUAAAACUUGUAUUCGAGGACAGCUUGGUUGUGGUAGACUGCCAUGGGAGUUCACCUGUCAGCGCAGUAAUGUUUAAUUGGCAAACAAAGUGGGAGAAUAAAAGCACUGUAGUGUAGGCUUCAAUAUCCUAGUAUCGGAUGGCCUGAAGAGAUAACUGAAAUCAAUACAACUCAUAGAUACAGCGUCUUUUUUGCUCUUCAGGAUCUAUUCUGGCUGUCAUAUUUAGCGCACAGACCCACCAGCUUGUCAAGGUGGAAAAAAACCCUCCCAAAACAAGUUGGGAGCUGUUCAUACGCUUGCUCACGCUGUAGGUCUCCAACCUCACAGAGUCGCAAUUUGGAGUCAAAAGCCUUAAGGCCCCGGACUCGAGCUAGAGUUGCACAGCAGGUGCUCAGAGGAGGCCAACCUGGGGCCCUUUGUAAUUCUAUCUCAGAUGGGGAACUCUCAAUGCCCCAGAUACUCAGUGACAAAAUAAACUGAGUGUCUAGAGAGCGUCACUUGAUUUGCUUUCUUUUAGCGCAGUGAUCUCAAGUGUCACUUGUUGCUAACAAACGGCAGAAAAUAGUUGUAGAGGUUAUCAAGGAAGAAGAAGGAACCCAGUUAUGUCCCAAAGAUGUGAUAACGAUAACGAUAAAUGGAUGAUAACAACUCCACAAGCUGCUCACCCCCUCUAACAUUAACUUCAUCUACUUAAGCAGCUGCUACAACUUUUGAACCAUCCCCCAUCUCCUCACCUGUCUUACCCUCUUUGUUAUGGACUGGAUGGGGCGGAGUCAGCGUCUUAAAUGGGCAUGAGACCAUAGCCUACAUACACACAUCCAAAACCAACUUUUAUUUAUUUAUUAUAAGACACAGAGUAUACUGAUUUGGGCAAAAUUACGGUGGUUAUUGUCGUAAAUUUCGGUAUCAGUAAAUUUUCGGUUUGUCGCCCAGCCCUACUCUGCAGUAAAAUCUGAGUUUUUCAAAACUCAAGAUAAAAAAAAUUAAAAAAAUUGGUGUUGUUUUUUUGACUUUAGGUGAUAGUUUGAAGGCCUGUUUGAAAGCUUUAAAUACUGAGUAACUGAAUAUCAUCUGCAACUACAGCACAGUGUGACACACAUAAGGUGCAGGUCUGGUUACUGGUGAUGUCACCUUUGGGAAGGAUUGAUGCGCGCGCACACACACACACACACACACACACACACACACACACAGGGACCAAGUCAUCAGUAUUCACUCCUGGCUUAUUACAUAAGUCACUCUUGUAUGCUAUGUGCAAAGUCUGCAAGUGGACGUUAAUUAAAAGCUUUUAUUUUUUAAACGUCGGACAGCUGCUGAAUUGAGAAGUCCACAGGAUGUCGUCUUUAAUUAUGUCCUUUUUGUGCCCUGCUGUCAGUUUAAAAUCCACUCAUUAGGGGGCUAUGAAAAGAAAAUUUUAACACACUGGGCUUUUUUUUCUUUUUUUUAAGUGGAGGCUGCUAAAGGUACUUUUUUAAUGAUGUUUCAUUUUAACGCACUAAGUUCCUCUUUCCUGUUUGAUGUCAGCUGCUAAAGUGGCGGUGACAUGAGGUCCAUUUUAAAGAAUUGCUUUGUGGGGUGCUGUUCUCUUGUACAAGAACAGGCUUUUUAUGCAAAGUCUGUCUCAGGACUCAUUGGUCCAUGCAUAGAAAAUGUGCUCCAUCUCUUUUUAAUGCGGUGAUAAGAUUGGAAAGUUGGGUGUUUUAAAUGAAAAUAAAUGCAAACAGGAUUCAGGCUUUUGAAUGCAUCUGUUGUAUCCCAAAUUGCACAUUGAACUGCUGUGAAAAGCUACCCUUAUUAGGCCUCUAAUUAUGGAAAUUGACAGUAACAGAGAUUUGUUGUGGAUUUGGUUAGUCUAAUUCCCAUGAUGCCUUCAAGACUAAGGGCAAAAAAAACAGGAUUUUACUGUGAAAUAAUUGUGACCAACAAUUAAGCUAACAUCAAACUUAAAAAAAAUGACUUAAUCAAAAAUAAGUCAUGUUUUGAUAUUCAUACUACGUAUAAAACUCGGCAAGAUAAUCUCGUCAUGCAGAUUUGUACUAAUAUUUAUGGCUUUGUAUUAAUAAAGCAACACAUUUGUCUCAGUUUUCUGCUUCAUUUCUAAACUGCAAUCAUUUCUGCUUCGAAUACUGCCAAGCAAACUAGAAACUGUGAGGGUCUGCUAUAAAUAUUGAUAAUUGAAUGAGUUGCAGAUCAUUGCAGCAAUUUGAUAAAUUAUCUCAGCGGGUAAGCUCUGAGCAUGAGAGGGAAGAGUUACUCUUUCUCCUACAUGAGCCAACCCCCUGGAAGGAAGUAAGUACCUGCUAUUCCCACAGUUCAACGAUAUGGAACUAACAGCAUUUCCUCAGAACCUUGUGUUUUUUGUUUAUUUAUUUAUUUUUUUGUCAGAGAAAGGUGUACGAAAGCGUUUUAAAUUUAAAAGAAUAACAGCUCUAAUGAUGGUCUUUGUUUACUCUUGCAGCUGUCCCGUUCCCUCCCAGUCACCGGCUGACGGCUAAAGAGGUGUUCGACACAGACGGGAAGCCCAAAGUGGACGUGCUGAAAGCUCACCUAACCAAGGAGGGCCGCGUGGAGGAAACGGUGGCACUGAGGCUCAUAGGAGAGGGCGCCGCUAUCCUGCGUGCAGAGAAGAACCUGCUGGACAUUGAGGCCCCAGUGACAGGUCAGGAGUCAGAUAUGACACCAUGUGUUAGUUGGCGUAGUUUAGAUAAACUAGCUUUUUUAUUUAAAGGGAUAUCCCGGCGUAACAGUAAUUAAGGGUCAAACACACUGUAACACAGAGUUAGACAACCCCUCGAGAGAUGAAUGUUGCUGACCGCUUUCUUCCCUAGUUUUACCAACUUUAGUAAUGACCGCAGGAUAGCAAUACACAGCAGUUUACAUCUCCACGCACAAACCUCAACCAAAAUGCCACUCUAUAGCCGCAAAUAAUGCUCAGAACAGCACCUAACUUUAUCAAAGUUAAAAAUGAUUGAUGCUGCUUUCGAUUUACCUUGGAAGUCAGAAGUCCAAACUGGGAAUGAUGUCACACCCUAGUUACCAGCGUUUCAGUUACCAAGUCGAAAAAAAGCAAAAUUGGAGGUGGAAACAAGAUGGCUACAUCUAAGGAAGUUAUUUUAGCACUUGCCUUGUCCUUGCUUAUAUUCGGACAAGGAAAGCACUAAAAUAACUUUCAUGUAGCCGUCUUGUUUCUGCCUCCGAUUUUACUUUUUUCUGACUUGGUAAUUGAAACGCUGGUAACUCGGGUGUGAUGUCAUUCCCAGCUCGGACUCCGGACCUCCAAGAUUACUUGAACGCAGCAUUAAUCAUUUUUAACUGGAAAAAUUUCUUUGUGCUUUAGGCUGAUGUUGUACAGGCUUACAAAAUAAGGUAAUCAGAGACAAAUGGACACAAGAUUUAACUGUAGAAAUGUCUGGCGAAAAGUUAAAAAUAAAGUCUAGUUGCAGCCUUUUGGGGUCGUAUACAGAAAGAUCUCUCCAAAGACACCAGUACUUAUUCUGGUAACUAAUGUUAUCUCAGCAGAUAUUUGUCAGAGACCUUUUUUCUCUGACUGAAGGAGUGUCAAUGAUAAUAAAAAGCCCAGCUUAUGUACAGUAUGCAAAAACAUGCAUCUGUCUUGUUCUUAUGGAUGACUAUUUCAUCCCUUGCAUGUCAGCGACAAAGCCACAACCAGCUUCUGCGGUGGCGUCAUUCAUGUUUGGUCAUUAGCAUUCAUGGCUCAGUGCCAAAGCCCUGAUUUAUCCCAGUUUAAAACACAUUUCUUUAGGUGUUAUACAAUUUUGAUCGACUCCAGGUCAUACUAGACGUGAAUGUCUGUCUAGUGCAAUAAAAAAGUGCAAUAGAUCUCUUUUCAUUAUGAACACUAAUGUUUUUUUUUUUCUGAGUGGGAAUCAUUUCGACUCAUAUGUGUUGCCUAGCUUCUCGGCUGUUUUGUAUUCAUCCUCCCUUGCUAUAGUUUUUGGGUCGCACUUCUUAUAAAUUUAAAAUAUCAGAACUAAAGGACUCCUUAACAACUCUAAAAAGUAAGUGUUUGUUCAUACCUCGGUAAAUAAAAGAUGACAAAGCUCUCUGAGAGAGUGCUUACAUGCAGGCAUGGCAAGACUGGAGAAUUAUCCUUAACUCUUGGCGGUCUUAUUUUUCCCACCUUGUUUGUCACCGUGUUUUUCUAAAGGCAGUCAUUAUCGUGACUGUCAGUGGAAUUGACAACUUGCAGAUACACAAAGGUGUGAGAUUUCGUGUUGGAUCUGAAACGCUCACUCUGCUGUCUUCCAAGACAGAGCUGCAAUGUUUCAGCCGUGUGACAAAUUAAUUUCCUUAAUUAAGUGAGUCAUACUGUCCCCAGGUUACAUGCUGGCCAUGAAGCUAGCUGUGUGGCUGUGUAUUUAACAUUUCUGAAAAAAACAGAUUUGGUUCAUCCAAUUUGUGAAUAUUAACAAGCUGAAUUACACUCAGUUGGCCGCUUCUUGCUGUUUUAAUACUCAGCUGAUGAUGAAAAGACAAGAUAAUUAGACUAAUUCUUCCCUUUUUUAUUACAGGUGCUAAGCAUUAAGGUAAAGCUAUUAAAAAAAAAAAACAGUGAAAGAUGGAACAUUUUCUGCCUUUUGUUUGCAGAUGCUAAUUUUUACAGCUGAGCACUUAUUCUAUGUGCAAAGCGCCCCGGAGCUGAAGUCGAGCUCAUUCAUGGCUGCGUCUGUGAGGGAACACUCUGUAGCGGGGAGGCUCACUGAUGCAUAUGCACAGAUCCAGAGCAGCCAUUGUUGUCUUUCUUCCUGGUCAAGUGCCCUGUUCCUCCAUUAGACUUUCUGAUGAGGCGUCUUUGAUGUUUGUGUAAUCAGAGGCAGAGACCUUCUCAAAGCAUCUAUGGCAACGCAUCAUUUCUACUGAUACGUCCUCGUAUUAUGGCGCUGAGUGGCCGGCUGGCGUUACUUAAAUUCAUGAAUGCACGCUCCUUUUUCAAGCAGAAGUGCGGGUCUUGUAGGCUUACGCAGGCAAUUAUAAUAAGAGAAUAACUUGUUUUGUUAUUGAAGAGAUUGAAGCCGAGAAAAAAAACAAAAAACGAUGCAAACAGCCUGGGCAGUCAUGAGCUUUAUUUGCUGCCUGACUUUGUGUUUGCAGGCACACAACCAGGGGAUUAAGUGUAAUCCAGUUAAACACAGGUAGAUUUUUGGUUAUUUAGCCGUGUUUACACAAAACUGGCUCCGCUGAAGGUGUUUGAGUGAUUCUCGCGCGUGACAAAGAACCCAGCGGAUGCAGCGGAGAUGGAUCAAAUCUGCACACAUAGCUGCACACGAGACAGCCCAAACAAAUUACAAUCUAACUCAGACUCGAUCUCGCCAAAAUUGUAUUGACUCUCCGGUUUAAAGCAAACAGGGCUAAAUAAGUUCAUUCCUGCAGAGAAGCAGUGAGCUGUUUGUCAAACUUAAACACAAAUGCACAAUAAGGAAAAGCUGUGAUCUUUCUUAGAAACUGCCCUCCUGCUGCGCUAAAGCAAAAUUAGAAAAAAAAAAAGAAAAUCUCUUAAAGUGACAGUCUUUAUUUUUUUUUACAGAGCUAAUUAUUACUCCCCUCAAAAUGUGCCCAAAGCGGUUUAAGAUAUAAUGAUGCGUAGGAGAGAGAUCUAAUGUCUGAUAAUGAUUUGAGACGGAGUCAGAGAGGUAAAAAAUGUUGCUGGAAAUGUUUAGGAUUUCCUGCCCGGACUAGAUCACAAUCUGGUUUUUCUUGUGUGUAAACAUGCUCCAUCGGUGACCUUUCCUCGUGGUCACGUUGUCUUAGAAAUUCUGAGAAGCGCUGUCACAAUUCGGCAUGGCUCAGUUUUAGGUUUUAUCGCGUUUGAAUGGUGACUCUGCUUGUAAACAUCCUCUCUUUGCGGGGUUACAUAGAAACAGUGGGCAGCUCCUGGUCUGCGUGCAAGCCGUGGAUCCCGAGGAGCUGUGUAUGUGUGUGUGUGUGUCUGUGUGGCAAUGAAGCACAUCUUUCCCUCCCACUCAACACCCCUGUCCCUUCUCCCACUCACUAACCCUCUUCAACAAGGAUUUCUCUGUUGUGCGUGCCCGUGAUCCUGCUGUGUCUGCCUCUCAUGCGUGCCCCUGGACUCACACACCAACAUUUCUUUGUUUCUCCCAGCAACUCCUCUCCUUCUCUGUCUGCCAUGUUUUUUUUUCUACCCGUCUGUGUCAUCCCUUUCUCCCCCCCUUGUUAGCACACCUCCGAUUUCCAACAUGGCACCUUGUCAGCAAAUCAGUAAGUAAAUAUUUAUCAUAGAUGUAAAGCGCCACGACGCGUCAGCUAUCUGUCUCUUUCUUUCUUCUUGUCCCAGUCACACAGUCACUUCCUGGUUGGGCCAGAUGGCAGGUGGGGUUUUCAUGGAGGGAGGGGGUGUGUGUGUAUGUGUGUGAGACAAAUGGAGCAGGCUUAGGCCACUGAGUACAAGCUGCUCCCAUGGCCUUCACACAAGUCUCGCAUCAGUAGAGCUCCUACAGUUGCAUCACCAGGCAACAGCGAGACUUUACACCGUUCAUACAUCUAUUUGAAGUGCAGGGGCUCGACCUCGACUAAGACUGGACUCUAACGUACAAAAAUACAAUAGUGCAAGUUGACUUAACAUGUAGAAUGUGAAAUAUGAAGUCUGUUUCGCUGCUGCAUUUCAAAUAGUCAACCUUUUUUAGGUGAAACUGUGAUGUUUUCUCAGCCAGGAAAUGAUAAGACCUUGAAUGUGGAAUUUCUUGUGUAAAUCUUUUAAAGGUCUCUCCAGAACCUUGAUUUGAAAGGCAGUUUUAUAAGUUCAUUAUGAAGUGUGUUUGCUCUGCGCAGCAUUCAGGGCCAUUAAACCUUUCCACUAGGUUGUUAUGCAACAGUCUUACAAUGAGUAGGCAGAUAAAUUGGACGCGGCAAUAUCAGAAAAAAAAAAAAGAUGACAAGAAAAUUUCCUCUGAAAAGCUCUCGUUCAGUAACCGUGUAGUUAGGCUCUUUUUGAAAAUCAAAUUAGAGGAAGUAAUUUUCCUUUUUAUGUAUUCUGACCUUUUCCUAAAAGGUGUGAGCUUUUCUAGUUCCAAAUUAAAAAGAUAAUCCACAGCUCUCCGGUAAAGCCUACGCUAUAAUCAGUUUGUCUUGUUAUUCUUUUUUUUAAGGGAUGGCCAGUGAAAAAAAGGUCACGGGUAGCUUGAUCAGGAUGUGGCGCUGCACACUCACCGAUAUGCAUGAGAGUUUCGUUCAUUUUGCGGUGGUUUCAUGGAGCUUGGCUCUGAUCAGUAUCCACACACUGCUUUAAUGGUGUAUUUCUCAGUGGUUUAGUUUCAUGGUUAUCAUGAGGAUGUGUGGGAUUAGUCAACUGAACACUUAAAUAUUGUCACUCUUGCUUGUUUGCCCUGGAAUUACUACUGGGUUGAACUAAUUACCGUAAUGCCCCAAAUAUGAGACAGAUGUUUUCUCAUAAUACAUCUGAAAAAGUGGGAUUGUCUCAGAACAAGUCAAAUCUUAUGCAAUGUUAUGGUUGUGCAUAUAAUAUUGGCUCUAAAAUAGAACAAUACAGUAUGGUGACUUGCUGUAAAAUCUACUCAUUUCGUGAGACAGUCAACUUUCAGGGCAGAAUCAAUCUGUUUCUAUGACAUCUGAUGGCUUUUCUGUCCCAUAGAGAAGAUUCAGACAUUAUCCUUAUCUAAUUUCUCAAAAUCAAAAGUUAACUCAUGGAUUUAUCCAAUUUAACUUAUUGCAGUAACAGUAGCUCUUUUUCUGUGCCCACACAAUGGAAAUGAUAAUGGUUGUUUUGUAGGUGCCUAAUUUACACGUAGUCUUUUUUUUUUAUUAUUUCAUUUAACUGUGAAAGUUUUAUUUCAAGAUAUAAAACAUUUUAUUUAUAAACUGUAAAACACUGGCUGACCGAUAUUCUCAAGGAGUAAUUUACUAUUAUCUUCAAUUAGAAUUUCUGUCUGUGUAAAAACAAGCUUUGGUUUUCAAAAAUUAAUCUCCUGAAUGUUUGUGUUGAUAAAGAUUAAUUAUAUUUGUGAAUGCAAUGCUAAUAGAUGUUUUGACUAAGCUGUAAGAUGUAGCCUAAUGGGUAUGCAGUGUGUCUAUGCACAUAAAUAUAGUAGUUGUGAAAAAAAGAAGACCUGGUUUUGCAAAUAUAUCCCCUAUACUUCUUUUUAAAGCUCAAUUUACACAGUCUGCAACUUAUCACCAUUAAAAAAAUCAAGUAGUUUCCUCAUGUUAUUGUUAUUACCACCUGUAAAGGAUCAGAAGGAGAUGAGCUGGAAACCACUGGUAUGGAAAUUCACAUGUCGUGUUUAUGUCGUGUCAAACCCCACCAGCAGGGGGCUUUCGCACUUAAAUGUCGUAAAGCUAAAUGCUCUGUAUCUGAAUGUAAAUGAAAACAAAUGAGCUUUUAAUUUAUUUAUGCAUUUUUGUUUGUUUAUCUUUAGACUAGACAGCUAGUAGCAGUUUAAUUUCCAUUUUAAGGACUUGAAAAUUAAAGAUUGAAGAACAUCCCAGAUUAGCGACUAUGAUCCAUGUGUGAGCCGUCCUCCUGCUGUUGAAUGUCGAUCAACAGCAGCUUGUUAUUGUUGUUGUUUAACAGCUUAUGAUGAUAAUCUAGCCCUCUAAAUCUUUUGUAGGGGAGUUUGUGCAAUUACAUGAAGCAAAAUAUUUCGUCAAACUUAAAAGCUUUUCUAUAAUGCUUUUGUUACUUUCCAGGAGAUUUGAUAUUAACCACAAAAGACAUCCUAUAAAGCCGUACAAGUAAAGUAAUCCAACAGGAGAACAGCACAGAGCUCGUAGAGACACAGUGUUAAAGCUUGUGAAUGAGUCAUCAAUAACCCCUUGCUUGGCUUUCAAGGGUCACAAUUCAAAACCAAUGGCUUUUACCAGCACUGUGAUUUAACGUCAAGUCAAAGUCAGACACCGCCGCUUUUACUGCUGCCGCUGCACAAGCGAGAGCAGCUUUUAAAACAUCACAUACAGUUUGAUGGUCAUGACAGAUUGCAAGCUCCACCUCCGCUUUUGCAUAAAUGCACCCUCUGCAGGAUGUACGCUUGCACAGAGAGUCAGUGCCAUCAUAAAACCAGGAGGGGAUUGUUAUCAACCCGUCUCGAUCAAAACAUGAUCUGGCACAGUCUGCCUCACCGUGCAUUUCUCUCGCUCAAUGAGCCCGGCCUUUGGAGUGGCCUGUGUAGGUUCUGAAGCCAGGUUGUGUAAUGCCCACCACCCACUCGAUAGCUGCUGCCCGCUGAUAUGCUGCUACUCAGGGAGAUCACUUUAGCGCACAAGCUGGAGAUGGCCAGAACGAAUUGUUUCUCACUCCAGAUAAUGUACUCCCACCUGCUCUUCUUAUGUGGGUUUCACUUCUCACCUCGUUUUUGUGUGUUGUGUGACAAGAGGGAGGGAAGCAAAGCACGUCUGUAGGUGUGCUGGAGAAGAGGGAUGGGUGGAUUGUGCUUUCACUGAGAUGAAGCUGAGCCCUGAGUUGGAGGAAAGGAUUGUUCUGUAUUUAAUAUGCAUCCACUGGCAAACAUUCGCAUUUUUGACGAAAAGUCGACUAAAAAUUCUCAGCAACCAGAGAUUAAACUCUCACCGUCGUCUCGUCACCCUGCUGUUUCCACUGCCAGCAUGUGACGGCUUUCCAAAAGGUCAGCUGCAGGUGCAGUCCUCCCACACAUAGUGUGUUUGACAGGCGCUUCAGGUGAAAUCGCAGCCACUUACUCGCUCGCUGGACUCACUCCUGCAGAGCUGGCCUCUAAAAACAUUAAAGUAUGGUUAAUUCCCCCGUGAACACUGUGAGGCAUAAAAAGCCCACUACUGCGGUACCAAUACAGCCGCUCCAUAGAUUUUCACAGUAAUUGCCCUCUUGGUGGUCAUCUUGACAGAUAGUAUUGUGCUCCACCGUUCAAUGAUACCGUUUGUAGAAAAACUGCUUCACACAGGAGAUACUUGCCUCGUUGUGUCCAUGUGUUUGCUUCUACACUCUUGAUACAUUGCAUUGUUGCCAUGGGUGAUACUCCCAUAAGGUCCUUUAUCAGGUCAGCAGCAGCUUGGAUUUGCUUUGUUUUUUUUCUCAGUGAUAGAAGCUGCCUUUGCUAAAAGAAGGUCUCCAUAGUGAUGACGAGGCUUAGCAUCAUAGACCCUGCUGGAUCAAGUCAAAUGAGUCGCUUGGGCUGCCCAGUUGUGUUGUCCUUCCUGUAUUUUUUAAGAAUCCGCAGCAUUGAUGCAUUAAAUACAAUGCGCUUUAAGCCUGGUGCAGCAAAUUGGACUGAUGUCAACAGCCAACAGGGAAUUUUUUUGGAGUCACUGUGGACCUAUGGAUGAAACUAAAUCAUUAAAGCCGUUUUCUUUUUUCCUUUAUCUCAGACAUGUAAUCUUUUUCAUGUACCUUGACAUGUUUCGGCAGAAUCUUCCACCUUCCUUAGAAGUGUCACUUGGUGGCAGGUACAUAAAUCAUUAAAGGUAGCUACACUAAGUGUAAGACUCUGGGUCAAAGAGAAGCCUCAAGUUGGCAUGUCAUGACAAGUCAUAUGCCGGACUAUGGUGGGCAAUUAUAGUUUCACGUGUGCAGGAUUUUAUUUAGAUAAUAAAUCUAAAAGUCCAGAUCAUAAAAUACAUUUUACCACAUUCAUUUGUCUCUCAAAUCAAGACACUGGGAAGAGUUACCAUACAUUGUUUAAAUGGACUUCAAACUGUGUUAAACUGCAAGUGAAGAAAGUUUCAACAUUUGAUUGAAAUUCACAUGAAUUCAGAUAAAUUAAUGAAAUCCACUGAUUUGUUACCAUUUCAGAAAUAAACUGUUUAAUUAACUGCCCUUAUUUAGUGGAAUAAUAACACCAGAAGUAUCCAAUAUUUGCACGCUGUCCCUCUUAAUAAAGAGAAAGUUAAAAAGUCACCAUCAGUCACUGUACAUUUUGGUUUUGGACAAAUGUAGGUUCUUCAUCAAAGUGUUAGACAAAUUUAUCUCCCUGUAGUUAAAACUUUUUUUAAGCUGUAACACUAGAACCAAUGGAAAGUCAAUCCACUCAAUCAUGUAAAAAUAUUAAUUAUUACUGAAAAAUGUACAUUCAACAAAAUCAGGUCAACAAUGCUGCUCUAAGGAUGACUUGUGUUACCCAACCAAUUGCGACAAUUGGACUAGACUUUAUCAUUUGAACACAAAACAGUCAAGACUGAACAUUAAAACCAACCAAUCAAACCAGCAGAUUUUAAUCACUUUGUAUUUAUUAAAAUGAUAGACUUGUUUUGACCUGAAAUGUAAAACACAGGUUCAAUGGUGUGUAGAAAUCAGUUGAUGAUAUAUGUCCAACACAUCAAUAUCUGCAGUGUUGUCUUUAAAUUGCACAGAGUGACACAUUGUCAGUACACAAGGAUAUGAAUUUAAAGAAUAGCUUCUAAUUCAAGUAUUAUUUUUGACAGUUUGGUUCCAAAUUUCAAUAAAUCCAUUUUUAGGAACCUCACAACCAGUUGAAAGCAAGCCAUCACUACAUGUUUGUAGUGCCUGUUUGAUUGUAUCAGGGGAGUAAAGACAUCUCUAGAAAUUGGACACAAAUAAUAAAACUCCUUUUUGAAGUUGGUCCCCACAGUGGGUUUAAACAGCUACACAGUGUGGGUUUAAUAAAAGACAAAUGGUGGAGCGGAGGUUUACGAUACAGUCAAGGAGAGCUGAUUCUCCGAGCUGUCUCUCGAGGCUCGUAACUUGAGAUAAUUGCUCUCCAACGCUGUCCUCCAGCUCCCACUAAUUGGGUAUCUGCGAAAGUCUUUUUUUCACAGGCUCUGAUUGUAAUUCUUCCUGCUACAUACAGUUCAUAAAGCAACAAACAUCAUCAUGGGAAAAAAGUCCAUGUCCUUUCUGACUUAGAUUGCAAUCCAUUCAUUCAGCUCUUAAUUACUUAAUUAGCUAAUUGCUGAGAUAAUAAAUGAAUUGCAGCACUUUGACACCAGAAACAGAUGCCGUAUGAAUAGUUGUAACUGUGGUAUUUUUGAUCUGAUACUGUGGAUUGGUGAGAUUUCAGAUGGCCUUUAAAACUGGCGGCCUGUCAUGAAGAUGAUGAAUCCACUUAGUGUUUAGAGUUAGCUAAUUAACUGUUAAGGUUGUGUAGAUUUUCUUCUGUAUUAUUGAAAUAAGUAGUUCUCAGCUAGUACUACCAACCUUUCCAAAUUUACAUUAAUCAGUUCAUUUUCAUCCAUCCAUCCAAUAUAAGUAACAACUAAUUAAGGCCUAAUUAGGCUGCUUGAUAGGGGUUGGAAAAAAAUGGAUACAGCAUAGUAUUGCAAUAUUUUGUCUGGUGAUACAUCGUAUCGAUUUUUCAAAUUAAUUGCUAAUAUGAAGUCAAAUCUAUGAUAACGAAAAAAAUAAAAUCAACCAUUUGUCCAGUGAGGUUGGCAGAGGUGACAUCAUAGAGCAGGAGAAAGUUAAUACAACAAAUAUAUGUGGUUUGCAAGAUGUGCUACGUGGAAAUAAAACACAGUGUAAAUAAGACAAACGUAAAGGAAAGCCAAAUGCUAAAUUCGCUUAACAGUUGAAAAAAUUGUAUUAAUUGCAAUAUAUUGUAUCGCAAUACUCACUGUAUUGCAAAAUGUUAAAAAUCGCAAUAAUAUCGUAUCGUGAUAAUAUCCUAUCGUGAUAAUAUCGUAUCGUGGGGCCACAAGUGAUUCAGCUAAUGAUUGGUAGUCCGGGUUACUGACUCAUGCUAGGAUAGUGUGAAGUAUUUGUGCAGACAUAUGUGUGUAGUAAUUGUCAAUUUUUGCCCCUGUAAAUCAGUUCUUCUUUGGACACUAACAUACAUGGUUAAAAAUUUGAGUGCAAAACUAGGGGUGGCCAAUCAAAGGUGAAGGCCACCCUGGGCUACCCACCUGGACACACCCCUGUUAACCAACCUGGUUAACACCGGUGUGUUUAAAUAGCUGCACCGCUGCAGAAGAAGCUCCUCUGAAGAACUUGUGUUGUUUGAGUGGGGUUUUCCUCACACAUGUCUUAAGUAAUGUGUUUCUCCCAGUUAAAAGAGAAAAAAUCAUCCUGCUAUUUUUAAAAUUCAAAUAUAUCACUCAUCAAGACUCUUUGUUGUAGGAAAUGUUCAAAAAUGCAGUUUUGGCAGUUUGCAGUUCAUGACUUUGCUCAACACAUACCCUGAGGCAUCAGUUUCAGACAUCAAAAAAUAGCUAUGAAGCAACAGUCAAUCUUGUCUCUAAUGUCUGGGAUUUUUUUAUUUUUUAUUUUUUAUAUGAAGGCACUGAUACUAGAUUCAGUCUGUUUCAUAGACAGCUUAAAACUUGUUUCCAGCACCUAACUGCAAAAUGUUGUUUGAAGGUCACUAUCAAGUUGAACCUAGUCUUUAAUAAGCUAGCUUCUCCUCAGGGAAAUACACAAUGCCAGAAUUGUCUGUGGUUAUUUCUAACCAAAAUCUGCUAUCAUCUAUUUCUGCCUCCAAGAUUUCACUCACAUGUCUGCAUGUGUGGUGUGUACCAGUGUACUUAAGACUAUAUAUAGAAACAAAGAAACAGUCUUUAAUCACCAUUAGCCCUUUAGAAAUCAGAAGUCUUAUGAGUGCUGUUACUUUUUGUAACAGUGAUUUUCUGCAGACUCGAAUUUUGAAGGGAAUUCAUUAAUUAUUCAUUAUUUCUACAUUCAAAUCGCUGUGAAUCUCUGGCAGACCCAAAAGUAAGGAGCACACAAAGAACUUAAGGGCCACAAUGAAAAUUGAUCAAACGUUUGUCUUAUUGGUCGACAUAAGUACUAUUAUUUGCAAUCAAUUUUAGGUCUUGUGGUCACAUGACAUGGAAGCUAUUGAAGAAAAUGUUCAAAAUUUGCCUUUGAAUUUAACACAAAACAUUUAUGAGGACAAAUUAGGGAAAUAAAGGGGUGUGUCUUAUUCGUCGACGUAAGUAUUAUUAUUUGAAAUCAAUUUUAGGAUGAAGAGGCCGAGUAGAUUUAACCGUGCUAUUGCUAUUACCAGUUAUGGAGAAUGAGAAAACACUGGUAGAUCCUCAGUGAAUGUCCGACAGAUAUCCAACCUAAAACUAACUUCACUGCGGUAUUUACAUGAAAAAACAUUCGUUGCCUCAGCAAAUUAAAAAAAAAAAUACUAUGCGCAUGUGGGCCCCUAAAUACAUUUUACAAUUUGCUCACAUGUAUUUUUAGUCGCAAAUGCGAGUGAAAUGGUCGCAAAGUUGAGCCCUGCAGGUAACGUGAUUUUGGCUAAAAACUUAAUAAUAACAAUUUAAAGACAACUGAUAAAACUUCAAAUAGUGAAAAAACAAACAAAAAAAAAAGCGAUUGGAAUGGGACUUUAAACCUCUCAUCCCGUAGAAUCUAGCAGCAGGAAUAUGAGUUCACUUAUUUUCUAAGCUAUGGUGAAAAUGAUUAUGUGUAUGAUGGAAGCUCCCAGACUGGCUCUAUACUCAAAACAUGUAUCCAGCUUUGGGAAAUGCCAACAAAGCGGUUUAUUAAUAAUAAAUGAUGUAAGCAACACUUUGAAGCAACCUUUAAAGUAUUUACAAAGUGACAAUAUGCUUUAAAAUUGGACUUCCCUCACAUGGAUCCUGUCAGCCAAUGAAUGCUAAGCAGCAAAUCUCCUCUGACCUUUGCCCCCUCCCGGUCUCCCUGGAGAGUCAUACAGUAAAGGGUCACAUUUUGUGAUGGGAAACCAAUCCAUGUUGAGUGAUUUGCGGUUCCUGAAUUCUGAUGGGAAAGGGGGAUUCGACCCAGAAUUCUCCCCUGACGCUGUUUAACAGCUGGCUGCUGUGUUGUUAGUAUUUUCCCUGGACUGAUAUGACACUAGAUUGAAACAAGUCAAGCAACAGAGUGAAUUUAACAGUGCUGACAGUGCUGGGAAUCCUGGGAAUUCAAGUGGAGAAACAGACUGUCAGUAGUAUUAGGAUGAAGUGCACAUACUCUCGGCAAUUAUCUGUUUGUAAUUGCUACGACAAGCCGGAUUUGCAUCAGAGCUAACAGGGCAUGUUUAGAGAGGGAUACAACCGAGAGCUGUUUGGUGGUCUCAGCCAAUGAACUUUUAGUGUGUUUGGCACUGAUAGGGCCGUUCAAAUUAAGUCUUACUAGCCAGUUGAAACACCUCAAGGUCCAUAAAGAGGCUGAAAGAGGAUGUAGUGGAAAAACAAGGCAUAAAAAAGCAGAUAGUUUGAGUUCUUCUUUAUUGUAUCAGCAGAGUAUUAAAGUGUGAUUUUAUCAUUGAGAAAUACCAUUGUUUGCCCCCCUCAUUGUUUUACUGUUUUCUGUUCAUUUGUUUACUCAAUUUUCAGUCUUAAGCAUGGGCUGGAGAGCUGACAAGGAUCAGUUGUCCAUCCGUAACAAUAAGCCACAAAUGAACAGCUUAAAUGAAUUAGUCCGACAUGUUUAAUACAAUAACGCGCGCUUAUCGGUGAAGUGUGGUUUUCUUCGAGUUGGAGAUGCAUGUGUAACAUCCUCUCUGGUCCUGUAUUCAAGGUUUACCGGGAUGUCAUACUUGACAUCUAAUGGACAAUAUGGAAAUAAGCAAACACUGAUCCUCUCAGAGUGUUUUGAAGGUAUUCAUCUGAUCCUUCUCUGUUAUAUAAAAAUAGCUGUUUCACUGAUGUGUGUGUGUGUUUUUUCUUCCUCUUUCUGCCUUGCUGCAGUGUGUGGAGACAUCCAUGGGCAGUUCUUUGACCUGAUGAAGCUGUUUGAAGUAGGAGGAUCACCAGCAUCCACACGCUACCUUUUCCUGGGGGACUACGUUGACAGAGGGUAUUUCAGUAUUGAAGUGAGUGUCCGUGUGUUUUUUUCCGAUUUAUUUAUUUAUUUAUUUAGUCCUCGCGAAGGGGCCUAAUCAAGUGUGACACGCGCCAUGUGCCAAACAGAAGCUGCGUUUAUUAAUAGCUUUUCUUUGAGCGUAGAUCAAAUCAGGCUGCUGAUAUUGGAGCAGUAAUAGGCUUUUGUAAUAACUUCAAAUGUAGCCCGGAUAGCAAAUGUCACGAUGUAGCUUAGGGUUAUGUAGAGAGAGAUUUUUAAUAUGAGGCAAAAUACGUUUUUAAUCUAGGACCUUGGUUGGAAUUUACUUAUAUAUAUAUCUAUAUAUUUCCUGCCAUCUCAUCGUCUGGAACAUUAUACUUGUAUUAAUAAAACAUAUUUUAAUGGAGUGUGCUUCGCUGUCUGCUGAUGGCUCCUCUGAAGGUUUGUCAUCUCUUCCAGUGAGCCUGAAAUGUGCCACAAAACGUAGCGCAUAAAUGUUUCAUUAAAAGGCAGAACCGCCUGUAUUAUUCCACUCUGUGAAAUUGACAAAGUCUGCCUUGAUGGUUUGUGUUUGGAGAGUGUUUUUUUUUUUUUCUUCUUCUUUUUUUUUCAUUAUUUUUUUCCAGGAUGACACGCUAACCAUUCCCCAAUGCUUUUUUGUGUUCUUCUUUGUUUCAGUGUGUGCUGUACUUGUGGGCCUUAAAGAUCCUUUACCCCAAAACACUGUUUUUGCUGCGUGGGAAUCAUGAAUGUAGACAUUUAACAGAGUAUUUCACAUUUAAGCAGGAAUGUAAGUAAUGCUUCGGCACUUCAUUUUCUUACCUUUGAUCUAAAUUGAGUCUAAGCAGUCUGGUUUGUGGAUCCCUGCACAGAGCCAGUUAUUCUUACGAAAAGCUGUUUAUUAUGCCACCAACCUCAAACGCUCACUUAGAAGUGCCCUCUGGCCUGCUGCUGGAUCCAGUCAGAUUUUUUUCACUCCUCUUGAUAUUUACACAUGUCAGAACUAUUUCUGUUGGACUCAGACAGAGUUGUGUGGAAAAAAAAACACAAAAGCCCUGUGAAAUUGUGCUGCUUUCAAAAUGUGUUUGGGAAGUUUUCUGGCUCUCUUUACAGCCUUUUCCGUCUUAGUCUAGCACACUGCCCCAAUGUAUGAAAGCUGUGGUGUUUGACUUGGCCUGCUCUGCUUUUCCCUGCCCUGUUUCCCCCCAUGACAGGUAGAAUUAAGUAUUCAGAGAGGGUGUAUGACGCAUGUAUGGACGCCUUCGACUGCCUUCCCCUGGCUGCACUUAUGAACCAGCAGUUCCUGUGUGUACACGGAGGACUGUCUCCAGAAAUCACAAAUCUUGACGACAUCAGGAAAGUAUGUGUCUGAUUUGAGAGCGUUUUCUCUUUAAUUUCAUACAGCAGCUUAUGUGUGUGUGUGCGCCUGUGUGUUUAUGUAACAGCAGGUGUCCAAUGAUAGCUAUAAAAACACCGAGCAUUUGCCGAAAAUUCGAGCUUCCUGUCUGCUUCAUGUGUUUUCUGCAGUCAUUCAAAGUUAAUGAGGAAAGAACGGUGCUCGUUUUAGCGUGAUGUGCUGCGAAAAUAACAGCCGUAGUUGGGAAUGCAUGAAGCGGUUCUCCUAGAUCCGUCUCAAAAUACUGCUCAGGACUUGGACACGAGGGAUUGCAAAGCACCGGGUCUGGUCCUCGCUCUGAUUAAAAAAUGUUGAAGAGUUGGAUCCUGCUUUCAAACUAAUUCAAUAACUCCAAAUGGAUUUUGUGGCUGCAAUCAGAGGGCAUGCAUAAUAGAAUCUGCUCUAUUGAAGUGUCCAUCAUGCUACUCGUCCAGUAAUCCACGCGCUUUUGUUCAAGAAGGAGCUAUACUUGGCUGAAAGCAAAGUCAUUUAUGUUCAUCGCUCCUGAAAAAUAGCUGCUCGAGCUUUUCAUACGACAUGAAAAAAAAAAUAAAACCCUUCAAAGAAUCGAAAAGAUGAACACUUUCCUUGACAUCUACACCGUAUAUCUUUUCAUCCAUGAAUAUUUAAAACCCCGUCAGUGUAAAUGUAAGCUGGUGUAACAGUUUCAUUCCAAUCAUGGCAGCCUCAAACCUCUGACGUUACACAGAAGAAGCACUUUUUUUUCUGCAAUCGCACAUGAGCUGUAAGUGCAUUUUUUCCACUCAAACAGGCUGACAAGAGUGCUACUUCUCCUUCCACUUCCACAGCUAGACAGAUUCAAAGAGCCUCCAGCGUACGGACCAAUGUGCGAUCUUCUGUGGUCUGACCCCCUGGAGGACUUUGGGAACGAGAAGAGCCAAGAGCAUUUCACACACAACACAGUGCGAGGCUGUUCCUACUUCUACAGGUGAGUAUUUUGUCUCCUACGAUUGGAUGAAUGUGAGUUUUUUUUGAGACGCUCUUUGAAAGCUUCUUUUAUCUGCUUCUUCCAUCAAAUGCUGCUGACCUCAUAUUGAGACAACAUGCGUAAAAGUGGGGGUAAGAAAGUAACGGUAAAAAGUAGCUUUAGCUGUUUUGACUAGAUUUUUCAGACCUUCAUUCUCCAAAAGAUAUGAAGGCUGGUAGUUUCUCGCUAAUCACAAACAAAUGUUUUAAAGGAAUAAUGGAACAGUUUGUUGAUAAAUUUAGAAACGCUCCUGCCAAAUUUCCAUGUCUCAUCCCUUCAUUCUCUCAGCCCCUGCUAUUUCUCCACUCUGACUUAGGAGAUCAAGUGUUGUUAGAACAUAGCGUGCUUUAAAGUAGUCCAAAAGUCUCCUCCUUAGCCCGCCGUCAGUAUUUAUGUAACCCUCAUUGCCUUCGAUUGAGCUGAGUAACUGAACAAACGGAGGAAGUGCUCGGAGCAGGCAGCUCUCACUGUCACAAAAUGUAAUGAAGUGGCACAUUACCGCCAGGCACAGUCCUGUCUCUGAGAGCGUUCGGCGCUCCCCGCGCUCAUUACGGCCUAAGCGACGCUUGCUCGGCCCUGGUGCGCCUGGGGCAAGCCAGCAGAAAUAGUCAGAAAUGUCCUGAGCCUCCUGAUGUGCGUUUUCUGUUUUUAAUAACAGGUGUUUAAUAACUACUGACUUAAUAGUGUUCUAAUGGCUGUGCUUAGAAAUAAACCCCCAGCAGUGCCGUUGUGUGGAUGUUUUCUCAAUCAUAUUUACAUACCUGAAUGUUUGUGAGCUUUUACACCGCAGAUUGAUGUUUUAAUCUGUGUUAGAAGGAUGUUUAAGGGGAGAGAGUGAACAGAAAAGCUUGUAAUGUAGCCUCAUUAAUACCUCAAAGAGCGAAUUGACUGUCAUGUUUGUACCACGCCAACAUCCUGCUUAACCUUCUGUCAUUUGGUCCAAAUUCCUUCAGAGUCUUGUUUUCAUCAGUGUCCUCAUGUCGUCUGCCCAGGGGAUGCUGGCUAAUUGGCAUCACACUGGCAUUCAGGAUUUAUGAGACGGUUUAAGCCAGACUGAGAGCGAGCCGUUCCUUUACACCCCUCCCUUUAAAAAACAUCAGCUUCUUUGUUGCUUCUGUCUUGCAGCGACCAAUAAUUUCCCCCAGCGCCGCGGGCACGCUCGUAACACUUUUACAAACACAAGUCAGGCAUGAAAUUGCACAUGUUUUGAAUAGAGUUGCUUUCAUUUUCACCCUUAGUCAGCACUUCGGUUGAUUCUGCCCGGAGUGAUAUCUGUCUUUUAAGGCUGUAAUCAACCAAAGAAAUUCCUGUUCGACUAGAACCCGACCAAGACGGAGGGGCAGGGGGGACUCUGACGCGGCAUGGUGGGGUGAAAAAUAUUCUGAUUCCAGCACAAGAAAGCAAUGCUGAAACGAAAUGAUAAGUAAUCGGCAAACCACCAGACGUCGAUUAACAUGGACGCUCUCCGAUCUUCUUGUCUCCAGUGGGUUGGGCGAAUCCAAAAUGGUGAAAACAAGGGGGGUGUUUUGAGACAAGAUGUUACCUGUAAACAUAGACUGUAUAUAGAGUGGACAAUGUCUGCCUCCUCGCUGGGUGAAGCCACUCGGAGAACAGCACCCUCUGGUGACGGGCUGCAGUUUAGGUCAUAAAUUCCGCCUCUGCCAGUAAAGAUUAUGAAGCUGUGGACAAACUUUAGAAAUUUAUUACACAGAAUAUAAUUUUUUCUCCUCCCUGCUUGCGAUGUUUACAUUUUUAAAAAUUAUUGGGGGUUCAUGUUUUCUACAAUUGACACUUGAUACAGGAUAUUGGCGUACAAGGAUUGUGUAUCUCAGUGGUCCCCAACUUUUUUUAUCCCAGGGACCAGUUUCAUGCUGGAAACUUUUUCCAAGGACCGGGUAGGGGCGCGGAGGUUCCAGUAACAAAAACCUUAAUCAGUACAUACUAUGUAAUCUGGAUACAACAAUUACAUUUUAGAUCAGGCACUUUUUAUUUCACUUUAACAUCAACUCACCAUAAUGCAGAAUCAACCCUUUCUAUCUCCAGUGAACUCUGUUUCUGGCUCAUUUUUGCAAGGGCUAGCUUGUGUUGCUGAUGCAGAAAAAUGACGAGUUUAGAGUCAAGUGCGAAAGUGAGGCAAUGGCGAAAGUGGUGGUCUUUCAAAAUAAGAUACUAGGAGGACGGAUGAAAAGAAAAAAAAAUAUUUAAUCAUCGUUAUUUCUUUUGGUGGUUGGGGACCUCUGGCGUAGCUCACCUAGGGGAUACGCUGUUUGAGCCGAGCAUCAUCACAACGACUCUCGGGCAAAUGUGCACAAUGCUACUGUGCAGGUGAUGAAGUGCGUACAACGCUACAGCGCAAUGUUGGUUUCAGGAAGUGAAGAAAAAACGCGGAAUUACUGAGAGCUUUUUGGCUUCAAAUCCGUAUACUGGUGGAAGGCUGAACCAAGUUGUCCAUAGUAUAUACAGUCUAUACCUGUGAAAUGGAGGUGCUCUGAAAACAUCCCCAUUAGCACUUUGCAUGUUCCUCCCGAAAUUAACCAUAGACUGUAAAUUAACGCGGAAAAAAAUGACUCAGCACGUCUCGACCAAUAAGUCGACCAGUCUUCUAGGACUUCACAGCCCUACUGUCUUUCAUCCCUUAAAUCCAAAUUAUUGGUAUUGACUUGACAAGCUUAAUUUUUGAACAUGCAAAACCGAGAUGGAGUCAUUUCUUCCACCACUCUUCAAGUUGCUCAUUAACAUCUCUGCCCUCUGGUCGGACAGAUGGGAGACGCUCUAAAACUUGAAAAUGCAAAAUUGCCCGAAAAACAAACUAGGCCAAAAUAUAUCUCCGGCUCCAUAUGGCAUGUGUCUGAAUCUGCUGCAGGAAAUCAAAUGAGAACUAAAACAUCUAUUCCUCAUUUAUACCCCCGUCUAGAAAAACAUUGCAUUUUUAAUUCCCUUUCGGCAACUGCUCACAUCCCUCCCAGCAGAUGUUUGUUGUGACUGUCAGGGACGCAUGUGUUCUCGUGUGGAUGCCAAAGCAGGGUUCUUAAUGAACCUCACCCGGCUUCUUCAAUUUCACUCUCCCAUGAUAGCUUUUCACACAACUUGGAUUUAAGAUAAUUUAGCUCUGCACCAAGCAUAGCCUCUGAUAAGCCCGCAUACAGAAACAAGCCAAGUUAAUUUGCUUAUAUAAGACUUUAUUACAAGCCUGCCCCCAAGCACUUUACAUUUAGAGAAGCAAUAAAGCUGCCAUACCAGUGUUCUGUGUAUCAAUCUUGACCCGAACUCCAAAUCAGCUUGGCGCAGUCAUCCUGAAACCUCACCAGGAGUUGAGUUUUUAUUAUAGAGAAAAAGAAGCGUGGCUAAAGAGUCUCAAAAACAGCUGGUUUUGUUGUAAAGGGGGAAAAAAAAAACGAGUGGAUUUUUCCUGAAAUGUCACAGGCCAAAAUGCAAGUUUGGUUUUGAUUGCUGCGUGUGGGUGUUGUUUUAUUGUUGUGCUCUGAUUUCUGCGGGGGCGUUGAGCUUACAUUACAGAACCUGAUUCCAUACUAUAACCUGUAUUUUAUAUAAGCAUGAUGUACUUUUUUUAUUGAACUGUUCUUUUUGUGCUUUCUGUCUGUUUUUUUUUAACUCUAAUUGCACUGUUAUUGUCUACUGAAUGACCUGCAUCAUUCAAGGCUGGGACACAACCUAGAAUUUCCUCUUUAUUGCUGGAAAAGCAGGAGAGCUUAAUGCUGAUUUGAAAAAAAAUAUACUUUUAUUUACCCCCUUUUAUUGGUGGAAAAAUCCUCCUGCGUUUAGACAGAUUCAAACGUGUCGAUUAUUCAUUGUUGGCUGUCACUCAUUUUGUACACCACAAAUCCUCAUGUCUACAUAGCGUGUUUUAUGUUUUAAAGGCAAUACCUUUUAAAUAGAAAGACGUUAUCUUCAUAAAAAGGCAUUUCCUCGUGGCUUGUAUUUCUUCGUUUUUUUUUUUUUAUUGUGAGCAAAAGUUACUUCCAGUAAAAGCUGCCGGUGCUGAAGAGUUAAAGGUCGAGUCUAGAAACCUGACACCGCACUGUAGUUUGAUAUUUGGCAGUGAGAGGUUUUGGUCUCUUUGCUCGCAGACUGAAUAGAUCAGCAUGAGCAUAAAACAUACUCGAACACUCCCCAGAGAUCACUUUUUUUCCCCCUUCGAAGGAGCAGUCUGUUGUGAAUCAUGUGUCAUACUUGACAUUUUUUUGAGUUUCAUUCUAAAAACACAAAAAAAAAUCCACCCGUUGAGAAGGAUCACACCUACUCCUCUUAUGGUAUGAAAGCCUGUUUAAAAGCUGAGCAUAUUAUGGGUUAUUAUUUAGAGAAUGAGUCAUUGGAUCUUUGCUCACAAAAAACGUCGGCUUUUUAGACAUUGAAGCGCCUGUUUUACAUUUCAGGCAUAGUUUGGAAAGAAUAAGAGGGCCUCCCUUCGCAGUCAAACUUUUUUAACAGCUACAGUUUGUUUUAGUACAAAUUUAGCUCAAACUCAAUAUUGUAGAUCCGCUGUUUCCCUGAACUCAAUCAAUAAUACCCAUGACUUAUUUAGUUAUUUCUAUUGAUCGCUCUUCUUGAUUUUUACUGAGGUUUUUCUCAAUGUAUGACGAAACCAAAUGUUUGUCUCUUUCAUUCAACAGCUACCCUGCAGUCUGUGACUUUCUACAACACAAUAACUUAUUAUCUAUCAUCCGGGCCCAUGAAGCGCAGGAUGCUGGGUGAGUGUUGUGGCAUUUCGUCUUCUCCCAUCACACUGUCACACGGCACAGUGAUUCAGACCCAGGAUGUUUGAUGAAAAGCCCACCCCCCCCCCACUGGUGCACCCUGGGCUUUACUCGAGCCUGUCUGGAGAGCGGGUUCAGUGCAGUCUGAACUUUGAGGGAAGUCGGGUUAAUCCAGGAAAUGAAAAUGAAUCCAGCAUGGGGAGUUAGUCGGGCCAGAUGUGAUGUGACAAACUUGAUUUGCGCAGAUAGUGUCAAGAAGCGGAAAGAUUGGAAUCAGAGUGAAAACUUUGUCACUUCAUGUUGUUUACUUCACUUUCAAACAAAUUUAGUGCUCUAAAACUACUAAACCGUCUGGUUUUCAUCAGAAACAGACAGAGAUUUCUGUGUUUUUUCCCCCCCAAAGGCGCCGAAAGCUUCUUUGAAACCCUAUUUUUUUUUAAAAACAGACAGGUGGGUGGAUUUGUCAGGCUGAUUACCAAAGGGAGGUUAAACAGGUGGGAUGCACAGCGCUCAGUUGUUUACCGUUGCACUCCCACUGCGCUGUCACAGGGGACACCUCGAGGUGGCUGCACCGAGCUGCUUAAAACCACACAUGUAAUAACGUUGCAGAGUUUCAUCUGCGGUUCCUCUCACUUUUUUCUAAUCUCUGCAAAUAGUUCCUACAAGGUGUGGUGCAGCAAGUAAAUCUUCGGAGCCAGAACUGUUUACCCAAAACUCUGUUUCACUCGGAGCAUCCAAACCACCAAACACUGCGAGAUCACAGUCGCUUAAUUUGAAUGCCGAGUUGGUUCAGCGGGAUGACUCUUGAGGGAAUGUUUCACCUGUAACACGGGGAUUCACUCUCCUGAGGCCACGCUGAGGCACCCCCCCUUUGCUGAUGAAUCAGCUCACAGGACAAACACGCAGCUAUCGUGAAAACAACAGGCCGUAAAAACUGUCACUGCUAAUCAUAUCCCCAGGGCCAACAGCAAUGAUUAAUGUGUGAAUGAAAUGUUGUAAUGUUUACUAAUGCUUACAUCUCCUUUUGGAUACCUACCAGAUACCGCAUGUACAGAAAGAGUCAGACCACUGGCUUCCCAUCUCUUAUCACCAUCUUCUCAGCACCCAACUACCUAGAUGUCUACAACAACAAAGGUAAGAGAUACGGUUUCAUACAUGAUUUAAUAGCAGCAUCUCCAAAACGCUCUCUGUUCUAAUAAACCUCAAAAGUAAUCAAUAGACCCAUGAAUGGCUUUGUCUCAUUGCAGUGAUGGGCACUCUAAUAGAAAGCGGUUUAAAUGAUGGCAUUAAUACCUACAGUCAGCCUUUCCUGCAAUCAAAGCAAACAGACAAUAUCCCCAUUGAGUUCUCCUCCUCUUACACCUAAGAGAAAUGUCUUGGACAUCCACUGCUCAGACUCUUCUAAAAUGUCACUGGCUGACUUCAGCUCCUCGCCAUUUUGUACUAAAUAAAACACAUAAAUACCAUGUUGUUGAUCUUUUUACAAAGUUUCGACCAGCACUCUAUAAUUGGGUUACUCUUUGAAAGAUGGGAAUCAACUCAAAAAAACAAAACAGAAAAUAAAUAAUAAUUUAAAAAAAGACAAUAAGCCGACAGAAGCUUAAGACUGGAGAUUUCAUUCUGAGUAGGAUUUGUAGAAUCAGCUUAAAUAACAUUAUACAUCAUGCAUUUUUGGGGAGCCUUACUGUUGUGUUUUCGGAAAUAUUAAAAUAUUGCAUCAUGGAGCUUUAAAUGCUCUGAACAAAUAUGAAUAAUGCAUAGCUUUACAAAGAUGAGGAGCGAAUAUUUGGCUUAUGCACAUGAGCUCAAAGCUCCUGAAAAAUGUCCCAGUGUUCUGUGGACGGGUGUAAUGUUGAAGCACAAGAUGGUGAAAUAUUCAGCCUGACUUUGCCCAGACUUUUUCCAAGUAAAAUAGUCAAGGUUAGCUGAUGUGAGAACGCAGCAGUAACUGUUCAGGUAGAAUUACCACUUCAUAAUGAGAAGGGGUGAUUAAUGCUGCAUUCCAGUUGUACUCGGAAGUUGGGAUUUCAGAGCUCUGAAUCGGAAAUUAAACUGGAACGCCCCCCUGAAGUUAUAAUCCAAGAUGGCAGCGCAGUGCAUCAACAGUAAAGAGUAACAGUGAAAGCUCUUGUAAUGUAUUAUUUAUUUGCACUUCUGUUUUGUUUUUGUGUAAUUAAAUAAGUGGUUUAUGUUGUACUGCCCAACGUCUCACUGUGAACACGUUGCUAUGGUGUUUAUAGAGUAAAACAUUGUGUUGUGCGUUGUUUACAACCGGUGCAGCUAACAACAACUGACAGCGACUAACAGUAGGCAUCUAUCUUAGUUUUCCGAUUUGUUUACUGGAACGCCGUCAACUCGGGUGUAGCAUCAUUCCCAGCUCUGACAUCAGACUUCUAAGGUAACUGGAACAGCAUAAGUUUAACCAUGUUAUCACCACAAACCUUGAAAAGCAAUGUGUUGCAGGUUGAAUGAAACACUCAAGGUUGAAAAAUAAGAAUUUUGACAGUGAUGAUGUCUGCGCAUCCAUAUCAUUGAAACAAGUGCAAAAACUCUCAUCAUAAGCUAAUAGAGGGUGUCAUUUGUACGUCCCCUAUAAUGUCACACCCUCUGUACGAAUGUCUCAGAGGUGUGAUAGGAGCACUAUGUGGUCCCAUUGCUUUGUCAACUCCAUGUCAGAAGAGGUGUCGCAGUGCAGAAGUGAAAGGGAUCAGUGUGAACUAGAGGAGCAGACAGGGUGGGACAGCCCUAUGUGUGUGUGUAAUUGUGUGCACAUCACUAUUACGUCCUUGCAAGUACAAAGGUGUGAUUACGCGCUGUUUCUGACUCGAAAUGUUAAAAAAGGUGAUAAGUAGUGAUUUCUCCACCAACAUUUCCUGAACAUUACUCAGCAGCUUCACUACCUCCUUAUUUGACAGGGAAAACUUAGCUCUGUGGCAGAUAUGCGGAAGAGUAACUUUGGAAAGUUGGUGACAGGCACGUGAAACAGGAUAAUACCUGGAAAACAACACUGGAUAAGAUUAAUUUUCAAGCCUAGUUCAAAUAGAAAUAUUCUUAAAAACAGUAAAUAAAUCCCAAACAGAGAGUCCACUGUGAGGUUUUAUUCAAAUGUAUGGGUACUGAGAGGUUAUUCAUGAGUCCCAAACUGAACUUCCACUGUGCAUGCUCUUCACUGCUCAGAUCUAUAAAACAUAAUAUUUUGGUUAUAGCUUUGAACUUGUUUCAUGGCUGGUUUCAGCCUCUGUGACACCGUCUUCAGUUUGGGUCAGUUCACGGAUGGAGCCGGUGUGAUAUGAAAUGGCCCGGUGCCGGUUCACUUGGCACCUAGUGGCACCCUAUGCGGCGCUGUGGUGCCCACGCAGCAAGAUAGGCUUGCCUUUGUGCUGUGAGUCAGCACUUUUUCCCCGGAGAACAGACAGUAUCUGACUUGGCUGUGGGGGCAUGUUUGGAUGGGGGCGGCAAUGGGCAAACCACAGGAAAUGGAAAUGGGAAGGAAAGAGCGAUGGUGCUUGUGCACGCUGUUUUGUAAUUCCUCUCGUGAUGAAAUGCCAUAACAGAUCUCUGUACCGCAGUGCUGCUGGUGUGAAAGUAUUACACCAGGGAGCUUUUGCUGCUCUUUUUCUUUUCAGGUGUGUUUCCUUGAUCUCAGAUAUUAGGUCGCUUCUUCUCAUUUUUUUCCCCCAUGAGCUGCUUCCUUCCUUCCUUCCUGCACAAUAAGGACAAUCAAAAAAACCAGCAUGGCAGCUUGCAUGUCUGGUGUGUUGUUUAUUAUUAGGACCCCAUUUGUGCCAUGCCAACUAAUCUUCCCAGGGCUCACAGUCAAAACAACACAAUACAAACAAACAUGCAAACAAAGUGAUGUCAAGCGCCUGUUGUUUUUUUUUUGUGUUUUUUUUUAAGUGUUGGCAACCAAUCGCCCGGCCGGCAAGUCAUUUGCGCCUCAUGAGCUCGAUAUGGAACAGUGGAAGUAUCUAAAAUGAUUCGGUGUAAGCUGAAACUGGCUGACCUUCUGUUGAUAAAGUACCUCUGAGAGCGGGAGUGGUUAUCAGAAAGAAAAGAUUACUCUGUUUGUUUUUGGACCAGACUUCAUUUAGGGACGCAGAUGUAUCUUACAACACCGAACUGCAUGUUCUUUAUUCCUCCCAUCGUUCACCGUCGGCCUGAAAAUAAGACAAACUCUCCUUUUACUUCGACUGAAUCCAUUAUAAGACAGAUCUUUGGCUUCAAAUACACAAAAAAAACAAGCAAAUAAACAUCCCUGGAGCGAAAGGUCUUGCCAGAGAUUUUAUGUAAAGCUUUUAAAACUUAACAAGUUGUGGUUAUGUAAUUGCUUGGUUCCGCAGUAUCAAUGGUUGACUUGACUUGACUUGAUGUAUUUCCCCCCUCAGCUCCACAGCUCCAUGCACAGCUAACCAAUACGGCCCUAUCAGUCCUGUUGAUGCUCUUCUAAUCAGUCAUGUGGGUGGGGUUCACUGGGAGAACCAAAGCCUCUGUAAUGAAUUGGUCUGCUCUUUGCUUUUUUGCUGCUGCUGGGAGCCCACUGUGCAUGUUGUGUGAUUGAUGGCCAAUCGAGUGGGCACAUAAAUCUUAAAGGGGAGGGAGGGAGGAGGCAUCAGCAGGUCCCAUCAAUACAGCACUGGGAGCUAGCCAGAUUAACCAAUGAGACCUCUCCAGUGUAGGGGGGGAAAGAAAGUAGACAGAAGCACACUUCCCCGUCAGAAAGGAGGAGGCGGAGGAUAUCUACGAGGUACCAGAAAACUCCUCCACUAGAAGUAAAUUAGACUCGCAGCUGAGUCAGGAUAAUCAACGAGAAUGAUGCGCGAGAUGUGAUUCUGAAAAGAUGAAAAAAAUCCAGCCUUAAGAUGCCAUCCAUCACUCCUUUUUCCUCACAAGUCAAACUGUUGGCUUUGCACUAAGUGUCAGGCGCUGCCCAGCUGUCCAUCAACACUCUGACCCCCUUGCACCCUUUGCACCCCUGAGCUGACAGUGGAGCUGCGUUAAAUGAAAACACAGCAGCGGUGAUUUAGCACUUUUGAGCGCUCGCAGUGGAGAGAGAGAUGCAGAUGGAGAUGAAAAGGAGGAGAGGUGUAGCUGGCGGUUGCACACUUCAGAGAUUGCUCGCGGUUUUGUAUUAAUGGAACGUUUUCUGCUGCAUCAGUAUUGACUGCGACUGAAUCCUAACGGUUGCAGUGCUUGGAUGGAAUAAAAGCUAAAUGACAGGUAGCUGCCAACGCUUUUGACGCUGAUUUUUUAUUACACCCUGGAGACAGUGAGGGAUGGUGUGGUUAGAUCCAUCUCACACCUGUUAAACCUUAUAUAACCACAUUAAUGUCUCGUUCUCUUCUCCCGAUGACGACGUGGAAACAGAAAUGCUCCGAUCAAGUGGAAAGAAAAAUGUGCUCUCACCAGGAGAAUAGGACAGGUUAUCACUCUGGUUCAUUUUCAGGUCAAACCGGACGUGGUUCACUCUUUGUUCACCAUUUCCUGCCUGUGAUCAUGUGAUUAGAGUAGAGGGGAAACGCAGUGGUAUGAUUGGCUCCUGGCCCCGCCACUGGAAUAAAUAGCAGGAUAGAAGCUAGGACAGCGAUGACGCCAACACAGCAGGGAAUUCACCCCCCCCUCCUCUCGUCAUGAGCGCAAGCAAGAAGCGUUUCCCCGGCUGCAGAUGCCCACCCAUCUGUUAUCACGCUGGUCAUGACUGGGUUUCCCUUCAAUUUUCUGUAAACGUGAUUGAAUUCAAAAACUUUUCAGGCUGCAUCAAACAAGAUCAAUGAGCUGUGUAAUCAUAUGUUGGAAGACUAAAUCAACUGAGAUCCAAACCUCACAACAGAAAUCUGGAGAGAUAGUUGAUCAUUAUGAUGAUUUUCUUUCGAUUUGAUUUCUUUUUAUUGAAGGCAAACAAGAUUUCAUCUUUGAUCGUAUUUCUCAAAAAGAAACUUCUCCAAAUACUUUGUUUGAAGAUGUGUUUAUUAGGGGUGCACUGACUUAUGUGAUACAAAUGCCAAAAGGCUAAAACAUACAGGAUCCAUGUUGACGGCGUAACGUCAGCGUCGCGUAUAGGUUGCCAUUUUAAUCAAUGCAGCAUUGCAUACGUAUCAGAUCCGUCACAGCCCUGUAUCAGAAGUGUAUAGAGCGCCGCUCUGCUAAAGAUUCGCGCCAACUCUGUUUUUGCUGUGCCACGCUUCCAAGGCACACCAGUCACCUCAGAGAAGAUUGUUCUUGACAGGAUAUCAAGCAUGAAAACCGUGCAUGUCAUCCGGUAUUUCAAAAUAAAACACCUUAUGUGGACUCCCGACUGUGUAUCAGUUCAUGUAGAUGAGAAAAACUUCCUGGUUAUGGAUUUAUCAGUAACACAGAACAAUCCGAUGGUCAAUCCCUGAUCCAUGUGGACCCCAAACGGACUUAUAACUGCUAACUUUGUCUGAAGGUAACUGCACAGCAUAAAGGAACAUAGUUUACUUUAUUAAACACAAGUAAACCUGCAAAAACUGAAACUUUAAUACCUUAUCACGUUGCUUUUUCACAUUUAGUAGAGGCUCAACCGUCACUGAACAAUAUCCAAAUUAGCAGGUAAUAGACCACAGAAAGGCAAAACAACCUGUUGUGAGCAUGUUGGUUCCUCUAUACUAGGGCUUGACCGAUUUAUCGGUGAACCGAUUAAACCGGCCAAUUUUAGCCCGUUUGAGACUAAUCAGUAAUCAGCCAAAACUCGCCGAAUUUCGCUGAUAUUUUCAGAAAUAAAAUGCAGAGAAUAAGAUUCGGUUUCACUUCGAAAAUUUUCCGCCAUUUGAAAACUUUUGAAAAAUUUGAACUUAUCCUGUAGAUGGCGCAGUGACCUCAUGACGAUCUUCAUCCACUAACUACCUCACAGCACAGCAGAGUGACGGAUCUGAAGCAGGCAGCUCAAUACACAAUAAGUCAACAAGUUUCAGUUCAACCCACUUCACGAUGUUCCCCGCUGUGCUGGUCUCGGUCACGCCGAGUUAACGGUGAAGCUCCAUGUAAUAUGCAAGCUAAAGUUAGAGUUAGCCACCUGCUAUUAGCCUUGCUACACUGUUAGCCGUGCCAGUAACGGUAGAAUAAACAACAGUACACAUUACUUGAUCGAGCCACUUCUCUUAAUGAGGCAGCUGCAUGUCUCUGCAUGAGUAACGUGAGUUACGUCACGGAGGCACCGAUCGGGGGGUGGAAAAGGACAUACACUUUUGUGGACAGAAUAUUACAGCAUUCAUCCAAGUCCCUGAAGUGGGUGAUCUGAAGUGGCGUGCAACUCCUGUCCAAACAGCGUACAGUUAAAUAUGAUGACAGGGUUAUGUCAGAGCUCCAGAUGUUUGUGGUGAACUUGAUCAUGUUGCAUAUUUGAACUUUGCUGCAAAAUUUUGGCACAGAUUUUAGCUAGCAUUCUUAAAAAAAGAUCAUAUUGCUGCCUUUGCAUGAUAUCAAAAAACAGGUAAGACGAUUAGCAACAAGAUUGAAGUUUACAUAUCCAGAUUUUUUAAUGCCUGAAACCAGAAUGAGGGGGUAGGUGUCAGGCUUGCAGCAGGAGCUUUAAGUAAUAUGUGCUUUACAAUGCCGCCACCACCUCUAAGAACAUUGACUCUGCAGAUAUUGAAUAAUAAGUCAUCAAGCAGUCCUCCUAAAAAGACUCAAAUAUGAGGUUGAAAGGUUCACAGACAGUUGAAUGAUCUUCACAUUUUUUGUUUGUUUUAGAAAAUGUGAUUUGGGCUUAUAAACAAAUUCCUAAAAAGAAGCCCUCUUUUACUAAAAAGACCAUAAAAUACAGUCGAAUGUUCGAGGCGAAGGAAAAAGUUAACCUUGUGUCAAGAUUUUUAUUCAAGCUAUUCAUGUCUAAAAUAGCAGCCGGCCCUCAAGGUCUUUCUUAAUCCAAAAUAUUUCAAAAUAAAAGCUUCUCACAUUUUGUAAAGAAGACCAGAGAAUGCAUAUAAAGCUGGGGAAAAAUGAUGAGUGGACUUGGAGUUCCAGUUUCUUAUUGAAAAUUAUAUAAAAUCUUAUGUGAGAUAGAUAUUGUUUCUAAGUAAUUUGUUAUUAUGAAAAGCCUCCUUCAUGCAGGAAGAGACCAUGAGAUGCACUUUAAAGGUCCUGGAAGCUUGUAAGUGGACACUUAGUGAAGUUUUUCAGAACAAAUUAGUUGAAGGCAAAAAAACUAUUUCCAUUUAGUGACAAGGACAAAAGCUGAGGAUGGUUGUUUCCCUCAGAGAAAGGAUGUGGGAGAACCUUGGGCUACUCUUUAUAAAACUGAAUUUCAAACGUCCUGUUUUCAGUCGAUGUCAGGCGGACUGAACCGUCAUUUGUCAUACAUGAACAGGUGUUUUGUCCUCACUCUAUCCUUGAGUGAUCAGGGCUGACGUUAAUGGCUGUCGGGCGCUGCUGCCGACGUUCUCAUUAAUUUCUUAACCGACAGUGAAUGAGAAACUAUUCAAGCAUUGUCCCACUGUACAAGAACAUUCAGUCCCAACCAUCCAGCAGUCUGACAUCUAAUGGAAGUCGAGGGCUGCAUGUAAUGGGCUGAGGAGGUCUAAACGGCUGAAAUGGAAUACUAAUCCACUGGAACUUGAUACAAGAGGCCUCAGAGACAGAUAUGCAGUCAGCGUUAAGCAACAGGGCAGGACAGUGGGAAUCUCCCCCCUGAUCCUUCGAGCAGAUUUAACAACCCUAGUUACCGGGGAAACCAGUUCAAGGCACUCCCUUAUAAAUAAUUAAUAAGUGGGCGUCUCCUCACGAUAUCUGUGUUACCGUGGCAGCAGGCUUGGCCUCAUCUACCCUAUUGAGCAGCACCAGAUCUGCAGAGACAUCUAGUGGCUGUCAUGCGGAGUUAGAUUUAACAGAGCAGUUUAUUACAGAUCUCGCAGCUGGCCACCCCAAGAGCUGUGCCCUCCUGCUGCAUGAGGAAUAAGUUUGCAUAAAAUCAUGCAUUCAUACAGUAGUAAUGUGUGUUCUCGUAUUAGGGAAGCAAAAUGCCGCUCUUGAAACUCUUAUCUGCAUGUUAAAUGGAACACUCAAAAGAAGAAAGUAGGCCUUGACCCUCUCGCACCCAGAACACAGCGAUCCUGUUUUGUUUUGUUUCGCACAGGGGAGGUUGUCGGGUGUCUCUGUUCCUUUAAAGGGAAUCUGAUUUGAAGGAGCGACAGCAGGGGAGCUGACCUUCUCCCCCGCUCUGCCUUUUUCCCUCCGGGCCUCCGUGGCUGCAUUCAAUCAAGUGCCUCGACCAUGUUUAUGCAGUAUGUGAUGUUUAUGCAAAGCCUGCCCACGCGUGCGACUGCUUUCAUGCACACCCACACACACGCAUUAACACCCACAACCCUGUCUGAGCGGAGUGUGUCAGAGCUAUGCGGUGCUUUUCCUAGUGGACUAGGUAGCAGUGUUUUGCUGAUAUUGAUAACAACACCACGGUUAUCAUACUGUUUGGGAUAAGGAGGUGACAGCGGUGGAAUCCAACGUUUUGCAACACUUUCAGAGACCACUUUGACAGCGUAGUUACUGCACCAUAUGCAUUUCCAUGCCUCAUCGGUUACGCACCCACAUCCAAUCACUAAGGCAAACCCCAGACCAGCGGGAUGUCUUCUGACCUCAUUUGUGUUACAACCGAGGUUAGAGCUGCUUGGGAUGCCAGGUUUGAUGACUUGCUAUUCCUGACCCCUGCGAAAGGCCGAGGCAGGAAAGUCCCCCCAUGGCGACCCAGCCUCGGUGUCCGCUUACCCAAGAUCUGGGCCACCAGACUGGGGUAUGAGAGGGUCUGGGGCAUCUAUAUACAGCAUGGAUAUAUUUAUGUUUGGCAGCUCUUAUGUGUUCCUCAGCACCCGUACUGUCCCUUCAUCAUGGUGCGCGCAGCAGUCGGUGUUUGAGAGUUGGUUUCUAUGUCAGUGGACACACACAAAGCUUUUGUGCAUUCAGUUGAAAAUAUCAAAUACUGUAAAGGCCUCCUGAGGAUUUUUUCUGUGUGCACUGAAAUGACUGAUAAGGUUUGUAUAAACCAAGCCACAUUUGUUAUUCUGCCUACACACCUACUCCUCUAUAUGCACAACAACACAACACCCACUACACUCUCCUCCUCUACAUGAUUAAUAAAACUGCUUGAAUAAUUUACAGAGGGUUAUGCACCAGACUUCUUUCACGGAUUUCCUGCAGUUUUGCUGUCAUACUGAGGGGUGGGCGUCCAAUGAGAUGAAACCAUUGACUGUAUAUAAAUAUGGAUGAUGCACCUCCGUCUCCCACAGAUAUGAAGCCAAAAUACUGUUGACAUAAUGCGUAUUUGGGGGCAGAGUCUGUGUGGCAGGGAUAUCAACAUUCCUCUCCCCCUGCUAACCAGGACACAUUUUUAACUUCGCAAUAAAAUGAAAAAGGUUCCUGAGAGCAUCAACAGAUACAGCAAACUAAGAAAGAGGAUUAGGGCCACAUGAAGAGGAAAAAAAAAUUACAGAAAGAAGAUUGAAGUCUUGAUUUCGAGAUGAAAAAUUCAAAUUUUGGGAUUAAGAAAAUAGAAAUUAUGUCAAAAAUAGUCAAAAUUUGAGAUUAAAAAUUCAAAUUUCGAGAUUAAUAUCAAAAUUUUGAGAUAACAAAAUGUCAUGAAUAAUGUCAAGAUUUCGGGAUUUGAAAAAUUAAAAUUUUGAGAUUAAAAUUGAAAUAUUCACGUAAAUUCAAUAUUUGUCAUCUUGAAAUUUGGAUUUUUUUCAGUCUGACUUUCUUAAAUUCCGACUUGAAUCUAAAAAUGUCAACUUCAAUCUCAAAAAGGAAAUUAAAAUCAAUUUCCCUCCUGUAAUUACUUUUUUCUCUUUUUGUAGCCCUAAUCCUCUGUCUUAGUAAACACUUAAAGUUGAAAUAUUCUUGAAAAUUAGAUUUUUGUAAUCUUGAAAUUCCAAUUUUUUUAUUUCAACUUUUUAAAAUUCUAUUUUCAAUCUAAAAAUUUCAACUUCAAUCUUGAAAUGGAAAUAAAAAAAACCUGCCUCCUGUAAUUAUUUUUUUUUCUUUUUGUGGGGCUAAUCCUCUGUUGUAGCAAACACUCAAAGUUGAAAUAUUCUUGUAAAUACGAUUUUUGUAAUCUUGGAAUUUUAAAAUUUUUCAUUUCGACUUCUUAAAAUUCCGACUUUAAUCUCAAAAUCCAUCUUGAAAUGGAAAUGAAUGAAAAAAUCCCUAUUGUAAUUAUUUUUUCUUCUCUUGUGGCCCUAAACCUUUUCUUUAUAGCAAACACUCAAAGACUAACUUUAUGUCGCAUCUUCUUUUCCAACCCUUCUUUUCUUUCUUUCUUUAUCCAGUGUUCACUGCACUGUUGGAGCCAAACAUAUCAACAGAGUUUGAGAGUUGUUAUUCCUCUUCUUGCUGGCAUCAAAUAGCAAAUAAAAGUACACCUCUGAGAAAAAUUAACACUCAAACUUAAUCCAGCAUAAUAAGAACUAGCUAAAAUAACAGAAAACAUGUUUGAGAACCGUUGAUUUUGGGUCAUUUCUCAUCUUUAAUUUUGACCCAUAUCCCAUCUGUUUACAUGGAGAAGAUGUUUUUUGACACGUCAGUUAUUUAGGGGGUUUGGUAACACUUAAGAUCCUUGGUAUUGUUUGAUCUCAAUACACUUGUUGAUCUAGUUGAUGUAGUUCAGCACAACAACAAUCCAUCUGUUGGAAUAUUCAGUUGUUUCUCAUGGUUUCAUGUCAGAUCACCGCAAACCGAUCAUCAUCCUGUAAUCGUCGCUAUCAUUACCUUAGCUUCCUGCCUCUGGCUCCUCUCUCCUUCCCUGCUCUCCUGAAAUUGAUGGUUUUCUGUUAACUAAUGGAAAUUGCCAGGCUGCAUGGAGCCCAAAUGCUGAGCCAUGUGUUUCUGCGAUGACAGACAUGUUUCACCCAGUGGAGGCGGUAAUCAAUGCGCAGAGGAAAUGUUCCAGAGAGGAGGGAAAGGGACAUUGAUUUUUUUUUCUCCCCCUCAAAUCCUGGCUACCUUUGUUUGAUACUUGCACAGUUUUUCAAGCAUUUUUAAAAAAUCUGCAUUUUCCUCAGCCCUCCUGUCAGAGUGAGAGAUUGACAGAUCCUGAUGUUGAUUCACCACCUUGUGUAGGUAGUUUCGCCAGAUUUCUGUACAGAGAGUCAUAAAUCAGAGGUUGACUGACAGAAUCUUGUGUAAUCUUGUCCGCAGUUCAGUCCUGGCGUGUUUGUGACUGCGCUUUGGCCACUUUUAUUAUCACAAUUGUUUUACAGCCAAAUAGAGAUCUGAAGCAACUGGCAGUUUUUUUUUUGUCACAAGUCUGCACAACACCUGGAGCGAAUGAAUCAUCGAAGAGGAGAUGAAAACAACAAAAGAACCCACAGUGAAACUCUAAGCUUUAAUAAGCAAGAAUAGCAGCGAAUAUUAAGAAGUAAACUUAUCUACAAUCUGACCACUCUUGAUUCUCUUCUUUGAUAUGUCCCCUGUGGGCUACAUUAUAUUUCCAUCCAUCAGCCCAUCACUCAUUCUUGUGUUUUGGUACUUAAGACUAAGUACUUUGUGGGUAACUCUUCUCAGGUUGAUGGCUUGCUGGACCGCUGGUGCCGGCUGCUGAAGCUUCACAGUAUUCCUAAGUGGUGGUUGGGAACAGGGUGGAGGCCGGUAAUGGACCUGGACCUCGAUCAGAUUGGAUAUUUUUCCAAUCUGCCAAAGUAUGAAGAAGAAAGAAAAUGAAAACGAUGUGUUGUACCGCUCAGUUCUUAUUGUUUUUCCUAAACUUAGGUGGUUUGUUGGACAUAAGCAAAGAGCAGCGUUUUAUUUGCUGUAACAUCGGUACUUACCUCAAAGCUCUGGGAUUUAAUGUGCAAUAACAGUGAAAGCGAAAUCCCUCCUUCAGUGGGAAUUAUGGAUGUUGACAGACAAAUCACUGAAACUGAAGUUUUCUGCAAGGGGUUUGCACCAUUAUUCAUCGUGUGUGUCCAGAGAUCAGAGAGAAAACAAGUUUAUUUCAUCAAACCUUACACAUUCAGGCAUGUUUUGACAAACACCUGCCUCUGUAUUUUUUUCCUCCCAGCGGCGGUGCUGAAGUACGAGAACAACGUGAUGAAUAUCCGACAGUUCAACUGCUCACCUCACCCUUAUUGGCUGCCCAACUUCAUGGAUGUUUUCACUUGGUCUCUGCCGUUUGUCGGAGAAAAGGGUGAGUAUUUACACACGGUCAGAUCACUGAGUUUCCUGAGUCAGUAAUAAAAAUGAUGACCCUCCCUUGAGAAACAUGGCAGUCACACACCCAGACCCUGCAAACAUGAUCAGAUGAUAAAUGAGAUUGACGUGUUGGUUUUAUGGGCCUGUUUACUGAGUUUUGCAUUCUCUCACUGCAGUAAAGAUUAUUCAGGCAUUUAGGUCUGUCAAGUUCAGUGACCCCCUCCUCUUAUGAGGGUGACACAUCUGUGUCAGUUAAUCACACAUAACUAUCAGUGACGCACUCAGUCCAGGAAGGCCUUUUUGGGCGUGACCCGUCCACACGGGGGCAAUUCCUCGUAGUGUCGCAAGAUUACUGAUGGACACAACUCACAGGGUGUGUGUGUGUGUGUGUGUGGAGGGGUCGUGGGUGCACUUUUGUGUGUCUAAAUAUUGUGUGGGAACACUUGCCUAGUUGAAUAUGGACAGAUUUGAAGAUCCCCUAUAGUGUAGAUUUGGUGCCCAGUAAAAAUAUUGACUUUUUUAUUUUAUUUUAUUUUUUGCAUUUCCUUUUUCUUAUACUGCAAAAACAUCCCUACUAGAAAGAAGCAAAGAAUUGUUAUAUUCAAUCAAAUAUUUUUGUAACAAGCAAAAAAAUCUGCCAAUGGGGUAAGCUUUUUUGCUUGACAAGAAUUCUCAAAAUAAGAACAAAUUUCUUGGCCCUGACAGACUCAAAUGAAACUUAAAACUAGACAGAAAAUCUUGUAUUAAUCUAUUUUUUUCUACAGCAAGCAAUGAAAAAUGAAGAUGAAGUUACUUAAAAUUAGAAUUUUAGUCUCUUGAAUAAAUAAACUUCAAAAAAAUACACCUUAAUCUCGGAUUAUUAAUGAGCAUGACAGCAGUUCAAAUAAGACAUCAUUUCUUAAAACAGCAUAGCAAAUAUAAGUGAUGUUGUCUUAAAUAAGAUAUCAAAACAUUCGCAUUAAAUAUAUAUUUUGCAUGUGGAAAGCAAGCAUGUACAUACAUAGGCACAUGAUUUUCUUUUUUUUUUCAUUUUACAACAAAAUUUAACAAAUGAAAUGAACUAACAACAGAAAACAUCCAGCCCCAGACCCACCCAGAACAUAUUGUACACUUAUCUCAUGGAGUUUUAGUAAAAUUUUAAGUGGAGUCAGAGGUUUAAUCUCCCUGAAAUAGACUAAAUUAUUCAACAAUAAAUACAAGUCCCUUCAUAUUACUCUAGUAAUAUGUAUUUAAGCAACUGGGCAACCUUUGAAUGCAGUUGACUGCACCAGAUCCUUUAUAUUGAGGGGAUGAAUAAAUGUAAUGCACUUUUUAAGAUUUAGGGCCUGUUACUCACUUCAAUAUAAAACAAUACAUCAGAAAUUAUUUGACCAACAUUAAAGUGUUUAUUUCUAUCAAAAUAGUCAAGAUUAAACCAAAUGUUACUGGAUGUUUCAUCACAAAAUCAAAGCCUCUUAAUGGCUGAAUAUAAGCAGUGCACAAGUAUUUUGUUUCAUCAAGUUGAUCUUAUUUCUUCGCAGUGACUGAGAUGCUUGUGAACGUGUUGAGCAUCUGCUCCAACGAUGAGCUGACGACUGAUGAGGAGCUGGAUGGUAAGAGUUUCUCACUGCAGUUCGCCUCUGCUCCACUAGAGGGGGUCCCCUAAUAAUAGGAGAUCCCAAUCCAAACGUAUGCAAAGUUGUCUGCACUGAGGCUGUCUACCCUGAUUUAGGAACAGUCGGUUAAAACAUGUUCAUUUAACACUUUGCAGACUCAGAUCAAUAAGUCAUCUGUGUUUUCUUUUAAAGGUUUCAAAAAUACCUCCUAUAGAUGUCCAGGUUUUCUCUAACCCCCUGAAAAAAUCAGAAACAGGAAAAUCCAAAUAUCUCAGUUUUAUAGGCAUGUUGAAAUGAUGCGACAGCGAUGGGUGUGGAUGUUUAGUUUUUCUUCACAGCUCUGUAGUGCACAUCCUCCGGACAGCUGUUAGUCACACAGGAUUUAUGAUUUUUAUCAUCACAUGAUAGUACCAAGUUCAAGUGUUCUGCCUGAUCUCGGGUCAGAGCUUAUCAGCAAUGAGAUGACCAGUUUCCGCUCAGACCGCCCCACCCCUUACUUGCCAAACAGGAAAUGAUCUCACCGCCCCCCUCCCUCCUACUUCUCUCCUUCUCUUUGUGUUUACUGACGCACACGGUCUAAAGUCUGUAAACAGGGGUGGAGUGUCAGGAUAUCAACAGAUUCUUUCUUUUCACAGAUAUAAAUGUUGCUGACAUAGAUUUGAGUUUGAGAGUAAACAAACGUGAUAUAUGAAAAGGGAGAGCACAAAAAAGAAAAAGACUCAGGCUCCAAAUACUCAGAUAGAGUUUCAGUUCUAGUGAAAAGAAACUUGGACUCUCAGGAGUGCCAGUUUAGGAUGAUAUAGUCUUAUAAUUCCAGAUUAAAGCUCCUGUGUGCAAUUUUCAGAUGAUCUUGAAACAGGCUGAAAUUGAUACCAUUACAUUUAGGGGACCUUUAAAAGCAAACAAAACUGUCCGUGUGGGAAUAUUUAUUAUUUCUUCAUAAUUAUUUUAAUGUCUGCAGUAGCUGCUGGAGGGUAGGUGUCUAUCAAAUAUCAUUUGUUUACAUUCUUGAUGGAAGAAACUUACAGUAAGGGAUUGGAUUAGAAUUGGAUUUUUCAUCAGACAGCACGAUCUUUGCAUGAGACUCGAGGAAUUGGAGGUGCCAAACAAUCGUUUCUCAGAGGAGCUUUAAUUUAAUCUCACUGUGAUGUUAAUUAAUCUGGAUUUGGAGGAGUGGCCGAUCAAAUAACAGUUAAAAAAAUGCUUUGCACCAAUCAGACAGAGGCACAGAUCUUUCACUUUUUAAGUAACCUGAUUUCCUCUAACGCCUCUUCAUUCUACACGUUCUCAUCCACUCAGUGCUUUUCUCACAUCUCUUUGCCUUACCAUCAUUUUUUCUUUUUCAUACUUAUUUUUCUAAUCAUUCACUUUGUUGACAUUUGGAUUGCUCUGUACCUCGUCUGUCUCAGCUACGAUCACAUCAUUUAUAAUCCUUUUGGUUGCCUUUACACUUCAUCUGCUGUAGUUUCCAUGGUUUCCAAUAUAUGUGAUGUUGGUUUUUCUGUCCUCAAAUUCACAGAUUUCACUCUCUCUCUCUCUCUCAUGCUCUGUUUUCGUAACUACCUUGGUUUACUUCAUCUAAUUCCUUUUUUUUCUGUUUUCCAGAGUUUUAUUUUGAAGGCAUCACUUUUCUUUUCACUUGUUGCUUUCUCGCUUCUUACUUCACCGCUCGCCCCCUUUCUGCCGCCUCAUCUUUCAUCCUUCAGCCAUCCACUCAUCAGCCUGUCUUUCUCUCUCUCUCUCUCUCUCUCUCUCUCUGUCUUCUCUUCUGGGGGUGUUACAUGAGAAGGACAGCUAAUAUAUCCCCCCAAAAAAGGUACAAAUACCAGCUGCACGGGUGUGUGCAGAGGUAGAUAGACUUUUGCUUGCUCUCUGGGUUUCAGUCUGUCAACUAACACCUCUGUUUAAAACAUUUUUUUAACAACACUAAUAUGGCUUUUGACUUCUUUCUAUUUGUUUUUCAUGAAGCUAUGUCAGCCAAACUGAAAGGUCAUUUUUAGGUAUACCCUGCACACAUUGAAAUAACCAGUGGUUCAAUGUAGAGUACAUUCCUGUGGAGUAAAAUGCUUGAAAAGAUGGUGUAAUUGACCAAGAAUGAGAGGAAAUCUCUCUGUAGACACCAGACUGUCAGCUCCGUCCUUCCCCCGGCCUUUCAUCACACAUCAGCUUCAUUUCCAUCCUUCAUUCUCACGCAUUUUCCAAGCUGGCUCUCUGGGGCCCUGAAACCGUUAUCCCGCACAAGGGUCCCCUUAAACAAAGUUUUGUUUUCCAGUGCUGGAAAAAUCCUGUUAAAUCUCUGCAACCCAAACACAGAGGAGGGAAAUACAUACAGUGUUCUCACCAACAUGCUGGAAAGACAUGUUUGGACAAUUACCAGUCCACUUAGAGAUGAUGUAACACGGUUUUAAAAGUACUACAUGGGGGAAAAAGUAUGUAGGAGUCCGAGGGACUUUUAUAUUGGUACAAUACAAAGAGGCAGCAUGAAUGCACUGAAUGCUCAGAGUUACUCAGUUGUCGUGACGUGUGGGUGGAUUUAAACUAUUUUGCUUGAUCUGAAGCUCAGGCUUUAAUAACAACAUUGUGUUUGCAUUGUGUUGAUCUGAAGCACUUCCUGAUGUAACUACUGAUCCAAAAGACCCGGCCUUUCUCAGUACGUACAUUACAGUUUAUUAGACCUAAAGGAUAGAGGCAUGUAGUGAUUGAAACAGAGAAAAGCACAGACGGUGUAGGUCACUUUAAACUUCAACAGGGACAUGGUGUGGUUUACAUGACUCACAGUUUGAAUGACUCUCUGACCUUUGACCCUCACAGGUGCCACAGCUUCUGCCCGCAAAGAGGUCAUCCGCAACAAGAUCCGUGCCAUUGGCAAGAUGGCCAGGGUAUUUUCUGUGCUGAGGUAUGCAAACAUGAAAAAAAAUCUCGCUUUUGUUCAUGUUUCACCGUUACGCUGUUACUUACAAUACUUGAUCACAACAAAAGACUGAAUGAAGUACUUAAAGAAGAGGAUUAGGGCCACAUGAAGAGAAAAAAAUUAUUACAGGAAAAAGAUUAAAGUCGAAAUUUUGAGAUUAAAAAAUUAAAACUAUGUCAAUAAAGUCAAAAUUUUGAGAUUACCAAUACUGAGAUUACCAAUAUUGAGAUUAAAAAUUGAAAUUUCAAGAUUCAGGUCAAAAUUACAAGAUUAAAAAUUUAUUAUGUCAAUAAAGUCAAAAUUUUUAGAUAAAAAAUUAAAUUUCGAGAUUAAAGUCGAAAUUUGAGAUUAAAGUGGAUAUGAAUUAAAUUGAAGUUUUGUGAAUUCAAUCGAAAUUUCGAGAUUAAAGUCAAAAUUACGCCAUUGAAGUUGACGCAAGUAAAGACGGCGAGGUCCGCCAAGCUGGGCAUAGGGUGCGGUAGGGGGAGGUGUCUUCUGUCGCCAUCGUGUGGCAUUGCUGUCUUCAGCCAUCUCUUGAUCUCUUUGACUACUUGACGAAAAUUGUAAUACGCCUCGCUGGUGGCGGAUUUAAAGGCGAGGAGAGGAGCUUAUGUUAUUGGUCAAUAAAGGCCUCAGCUGUGUUAAACCUAUUACACGCCUUCUCUCCUCCCUCCAUACGACUUAAGCUGCUGGGAGGAGCCGAGUUAGGGAGGGGGAUACUUACGCCAGGUUGCGCCGCUCACCAAAAUACCGGCACAAAAUAGAGCCCUUGAUUUAUUGUCUUUGCACCAUUUUUGAUUAAAUGCAGGAUUUUAUUUUGCACAGCGUUCAAAUAUUUAUUGAAUCAGAAUGGUAUAUAUUUCUAAAUGAUGUGUGUGUUUGUGUUGUUACCUCAGAGAGGAGAGUGAGAGCGUGUUGACGCUGAAGGGACUGACCCCGACAGGCAUGUUACCAAGCGGAGUGCUGUCCGGUGGCAAAGAGAAGCUGCAGAAUGGUAAGACUGUCACAAAGUACCCCGAAACCCCCGCUGUGGCCCCCAGACUGGAUUCUCACACACAUAAUUUGCCCUUACGCAGCGAUACCCUGAGAAAAGUGCUAGUUCAGCGUUCAGGGUAAACUCUAUACAUAGACUCCUUCCUUUUUCCCCUCAGUGAUGGUCCUUGAAUUGAAAACUGCUGCCUCAAAGUAAAACUUGGGAGCGCAGUUGGAUGUGUUUGGCAGCUCUAGCAAGUGGUUAAAUACUUCUAGAUGAUAACAGCUGCACUUAGUAGCUUUUUUUAUAACUGUAAUCUGUGCCAGUUUAGUCAAGUCUCUCUGGAUAGAUGACUGCUAUACCUCAUGUUAUUUUUCCAAAACAUAGUCUCAUCCUUCCAGGCAAUGCCAGAUACAGUUAGCAGGUCUCCUUUGUCCCUUGUCUUCUCUAAUGUCUCCCGCCUGAUGUCUCACAUUAAUACCCUGUCUCCCUGCCCCUGUCUCUCUCUGUAUUCCACUGGUUUUAUCUCAAAUAUUACCUGUAUCUUUUUCUUUCUCCUUUCUCCCUAGAAACUGCAGGUAUUAUCGGUUGUGCAAGUAUUCUGUUGUAUUUUUUUUUUUCCUUUUUCGUUUUUGUGACACAAAUUUAGAGUUCAGUUCACCUCCCUUCGUUGAAUUCCAAACACUCCCUAAAAUAAGUCUGACAAGCCACCGCAGCGAGGAUGUUAAGAUUUUCUGGAAACGCCUUUACAAACACUUGAAAUGUACUUGGACUCCUGACAGAAAUGGUCGCUUUAUUGUCCAUUCGAGCACUUGCUGUGGAUCUCAGCGGCGCUCUGUCAGAAUAGACUCUUGGUCCUCUGCGAUUCAAAGGAUGAAUUGGAAUUGACACAACCAAGUGUGAAUGGAAGGGGUCAAAGCUGCCGAUUGCCCUUCCAUUCACGAAAUACAGAAGAAAUCCAGAAACUUCCCUCUUCUUUCACAAGUUCUCUUCCAAAAUCAGCCAUAGCACUUAAUAUAUCAAUGGUGUGCUUCAGCUCAUCUGUCACCUUGAGAAGUGUACAUAAAAGACAGACAAGCUCGGCUUUCUUAUGCCGUUUUAAUGAAAAGAAAGUAUGUGUAACAUUUGCUAAUGGCAAACACUUUGAAUGACACACUGAACAUGCUACUCUGUUUGAUAAAGAGGUGGUUUUUAGCAUGCAGAAGUAUCACAAUCCAUGUCAUGAAGUCAGCUGUCAUAACACAGGUUUAUAAAGAGAUUUCCUGUAAAACGUCGCUUACAUUAACCUUUAAAGAUUCAGCUCAUACUAAACUUCGCAAGACUCAAGACAACAUGCGGGUAAAAUCAAAACGAAUUCAGAUUAAUUUAGACAACUACCAUUGGUUAUAAAUUUUGACUUUUUGGAUAACAGCAGUAUUAGCGAGGAAAAGUGGAGCUUGAACUCGUCACAUGUCCUCAGAUCUAGCUGGAUUUUCACUCUUAUCUUUUCUGUUGAUCGUUUUCUAUGUUCAAAAUCAUUGAUUGGCCUUUUCGUAAGUAUGGUCACUUGAGUAUGAUUUGGGUUUUAUUUUAAAGAUGGAGAUUUUUUUUAAUCUUAUUACAACAAUAUGGCAGUUUACUUUGAAAAAGACAAUUACCUUACAUUUUUGACAGACUUUAGCCUCAGUCUGCGUAGAUUUUCAGCCUAGUCAAUCUAAUUAAAGCUCCUGAGAGGAUUUUUUUUUCUGAUCAUAAAAUCGGCUAAAAAUAAUGCUAUACUAUUAAUAUUAUAUGACACUUAAAAGUAAAUGAUCCGAUCUCCCACAACUUUGCCAUGUAGUUAUAUAAAUGCGUGUAAAUAAGGUGUCAGACAAGUAUGGAGAAAAUAUUGAAUUAAAUUGUACAUUUGUCCCUUAAAACGUGGCAAGAUGUGACUUCUUACUUAAAAAACGAACAGAACGAGUAAAGUCGUGAAAGGAAUAACUUUUUCCAAAGGGGGGUGCUAAAAUGGCUGGUUAGCUUCAGGACAAAGUAGGGCUGGGCGAUAUGGCCUCAAAUCAGUAUCACUAUAUAUUAAGCAGUUCACCUUGAUAAUGAUAAAUGGACGGUAACUACUCCACAAGCUGCUCACCCCCUCCCACAUUAACUUUGUCUACUUCAGCCGCUAAAAUUUUUGAACUGUCCUCCAUCUCCUCACCUGUCUUUCCAUCUUUGUGAUGGACUGGAUGGGGUGGAGUCACGUUUCUGACAUAGGACAGCAUCUUAAAGUGGACAUGAGACCAUAGCCUACUUACACACAUCCAAAACAAACUGUAUUUAUAUUUUUGACACUGAGUAUACCGAUAUGGGCAAAAUGAUGUCGGUUAUUGUCAUAAAUUUCGGUAUCAGUAAAUUUUCGGUUUAUCACCCAGCCCUAGGACAAAACUCCUUGAUUAUAAGUGAAUGGGAUACUUUUUUAUAUACUUAGUCUACUAGUUUGUGUUGAAACGACAAGGGUGCUUUUGAGUUUUUUCAUUGUGAGGCAGAAAAAAACACAUGUCAAGAACAUGUGAUUAACUAUGAAAUAAGGGGGCAACAUCACAAACUCAUCAUGAACUAUAUUUGUGAGGCUUUGAGGUUUUAAUGAACUGCUUGAAAUGUUGACCAGCUGACCACCUGCAUGACAUGAAUGCUACCAAGUGUAAACAUAAAUUUAUUAUGAAGUUAUUCCAGGCUGUUUAGGAGUACAAGAGAACUUCAGUGAAGGUAGAGUGAUGUUCAGAGAUUCCUGUUUCAACAUUGGUAGAAUCACAUUGCUCACUGCCUCCACGCAGACAACACUGUGCUCCUGCCACGAUGUUGACUCCAUGAAACCAUCCUGUUUUACAGUUCAGCAGUCUCGUGCCUUUUUCGUAACCUUUUUCGCAUCAUCAUAACAAUGUGCUACGUAGUCUGUCGUACUGUUUAGCACUUACUUUGCCAUCACCUUCUGCCUCAUCCCUGUCUUUGUGUAGAGCAGAUUUACCCAGUUGUUUUUGUUUGUUGAUUUUUUUGAACUGAAGGAUGACGGUUAAAAAAAAUAAAAUAAAAUUGGUAAGUGGUUCAACAUCCCAAAGGUUUUCUCCCCACCCUCACAGAAAACAAACGUAAGCUAGCACUUUUGAUAUUUGAUAUCAAAAGCUGUUUACUGAAGUUCCAGAUUCUGCCUCAUGCUGCACACUACACAACUGCAUCAUAUGUCCUAUGAAAAGCAGUCAGUCGCAUUUUAACCUUUUCCCUGUUUUCAUUCUUUCGACCCUCUCCCUCUAUGUAUGUGUGUACUUGCGCGACAAUAAGGACGUAAUCUACUUCCAGCUUUCUUUGUUAUUUGCUGUGUUGGUUUGCAGUGUUGGUCUCUGCAGUAUCCAUUAUCUCUAUCACCACAUUGUCAGACUUUGUCAGACGUUUUCAAAGUACUUUAAAGAUGCAGUCCUCUCCAUGAGGUCGUUCGCUGCCACAAACAUUUGUCACCUUCCCUUUACAGACCUGGAACUCAUCAAAAAGCUAAGGCUCAUCUCUCUCCUCCCUCUCCCCCCUCCUCUCCCUCCUCUUCCUCUUUUCCUCCCCUUUUUUUGCUAACAUCCAUGUGUCCUCUGUCAUGAAAUGUGGAGUUGAAGUUAACCUUUGUUGUCGGCAUUGGCUGUCUUUGCUGCUCAUUGACUUGUUCCUGGGACAAAAUGAACUCCUCUGCUCACUUCUCUCAUUCGUUUUGCAACCCCCCUCUUCUUCUCUUCAGCUACUAUUGAAGCUAUUGAGGCUGACGAAGGUAAAUGGGUCUGGCUGCCCUCUUCUGUUGCUUUUCAUGGCAAUAGACAGGGGGGUCCGCUGGGUUUUCAUCCAUCUCGCUGGUGCUUGAAUAGAGUGUGUUGGGUGUUUGGGCUAACAAAAUGUGGCUUAGUAUUAAUAGAGCAAAAGAAGUAAGUAAUUAGGAAAUCCUGUGGUCACGUGUUUUAAAGGGGAAUGGAUUUCAUAGCACAGAUUUCAAAAUCACAGCAAUCACACUGUGAUUUUGAGUGAGUGCAAAGCAAACACCUGAUGUCAUGGUAAUAUCAACAGUAUAUUCACCUUUUUUAGACAAUCUUUAAUGCUACUGUAUUAGUAUAUCACAUUUUACUGGCUGUAUUGCUUUUUCUAUUUUAGACAUCAGCUAUGUCUUUUUCCAUGGAGAUUACCAUCAAGGUUCAGGGUGAAGAUUGCACUUAAGAAAAUGCAAAAUCACACUCACACCAUGUAGGAGGUGCGAAUACAAAGCCAUCAUAAGGUCAUCUAACACCUAUAUUCAGCUCUUACCAGAUACCAGAGGCACAAGCUUGAAAAAACAUAAUGUAUUCUCUGGAGUUAAGCUGGUAGAAAACUCAUAUACUGGUUAAAAUUAGCUCAUAGUUAGAAUUUGAAACGGCGUGUGCUUAGCCAGGACGUUAAAAAAGAACAGCGUCAAAAAAAUGCAGAAAUGAAGGUUAAAGGACAAAUUAUGUCUAGAUUUAGAGGAAGGGUUGAAAUUACAGAGAUGAGGAACAUAUCACUAUAAUUUUUUGACACAAAGGAAGCAGUCUGCCUUUGACUUCCCUUGUUUGAUGUAAUUGUGUCUUGUGUGGCUGUAGCUGGAUGGAAACAUUUAGUUUCUCACCCAGAGAUGCCAGGGUAAACCUGGGUGGCCAAUGGGUGGCCUUCCAUUGGCCGAACUUUCUGGCAUUUUCCUAUCAUUCCUACCAUUCCAACCUUUGGAUGAUUGCUCUCUUUCUAAUCUUAUCAUAAGUGACUUUUUUAAUUGGGCAAAAAUCACAUAAUGUUGAGAAUACAUAAGGCAUGUCUAAGCUAGUUAUUAGGGGUGGGAGAAAAAAAUCAAUACAACAUAGUAUUGCAAUAUUUUGUCUAUGAUCUAAAUCUAUGAUAAUGGAAAAUUAAAUCAACUCUUGGUCCAGUGAGGUUGGCAGAGGUGACAUCAUAAGAGCAGGAAAAAGUUAGUACAAAAAAAAAUUAUAUAUAAUGUUUGCAACAUGAAAAUGAAAUACAGCGUAAAUAAGACAAACAUAAAGAAAAGCUAAAGCUAAAUCAGCUAAACAGUUGAAAAAAAUUGUAUGAAUCGCAAAAUAUGGUAUCGCAAUACUCACUGUAUUGCAAAAUGUUAAAAAUCGCAAUGAUAUCGUAUCGUGCCCCAAGAACCGUGAUAAUAUCGUAUCAUAACCCAAGUAUCGCAAUAAUAUCGUAUGGUGUCCCAAGUAUCAUGAUAAUAUCGUAUCGUGGCCCAAUUAUCGUGAGAAUAUUGUAUCGUGGCCCAAGUAUCGUGAUAAUAUCGUAUCAUGGCCCAAGUAUGGUGAUAAUAUCAUAUCGUGGCUCAAGUAUCAUGAUAAUAUCAUAUCGUGGGGCCACUGGUGAUUCCCACCCCUACUAGUUAUGCAUUGCUCUGUUCAAGUUAAAGAGACACAGCCUGCAUUGAACUUGGUCAUUAACCAAAGCUACAGUCUUAGCAAGUGGAAGAUGACUACGCUGCAACUUAAAACAACAGUUUAGCUGCACAAUAAUUAUUAAUUUAACCGGCAAAAUCUGGAGAUGAAACUUUGUAAGUUUAAUCAAAGUUUGCUGUAGGUAACGCUGAGGUAAGAGUAUUUGAUUGAAAUUCCACACUAUAAUUUCACAGACAUCUCUCUCUUGCUUCAUGGGAUAGGGGUUCUUCCUGCUCUGCCCUCACACAAUCCAGUGAAAUCUUGCUAUGAAAGAUUAAAAUGGUAUUUCCCCUUUGAAACGGCUGAAGCAGUUGUGCAUUGUUGUUGCUGUUGUAUAAUGAUAAUACCAGUUUUCUUUAGAGUUGAAUCCAAAUCAGAAGAGAGAAAUGCUCCACAGGAGGCUCUGAAAUCCAAAUUGGAUCCUCCCUAAAACCAGUUUUAUUUGUACCGCCUUUGGCGCAAGAACAACCUCAACUGCGAGCUAAAUAGUAGUCUGCCAGCUGCUAUUUACGUUGGAAUUGUCCAGAACUUCCUCUUAAGCCCCACAGAGGACAGUCCGUUGUAGUGUCGAGACACUUCUCUGCUUCUCUCUCCAUGUGGAUCCUCUGUGGCCCUGCUGUGUCGUGUUCUUUCCUGUGAGCUGCUAAUAACCUGUGUCUGACCUGUGCUAUGCAGCAACACAACUACACCUCCCAUCAUGCCCCACUCUACAUUGCUCCAAAUUUAUCCUGAAAAUAUGAUGCCCCCCUCCCUCAUUGUAGAAAAGGGUCAUCUUAUUCGCAAUCAUAGUUUUUUUAUCACCAUUAAGACCCUCAGCCUUUUAUGAAAGGUGGAGGUGACAAAAUCUAAACCUCUUUAGUUUACAGGGACUGAAAUGGAUCAAGAUCGAGCUGGAUACCCAAUUAAAAAAAGGAAAUACCUGUUUAGGUUGACAAGUAUGAAGCUAUCAAUCCAAUUCAGCCGGACUUGACUCAUUUCAGUUUUUCCAGUAAUUCCAUUGUUCCUGCGGUCCAAAUGUCAUUGUGGCCUCCACCCCUCAUAACCUCCAGUUAACCCUCAAAUUGCUGCAUGCUCCAAGCAGACUUAACAAGUCGUUAGCACCCCAAGUACCUCUGUAGUGUCUUUGUACGUGAGCUCAGUCUCAACGUGGUUCGAUUCUGUGGAAGUGAAUGUCUCAGUGGGCUCCACUCCAGUUUUUCGUUUCUUUUUAAUCUCCCUUCCCUUGUUCUUUUUCGUCUCUAUGAUCAUUCCCUUCCUUCCCUUUUUUUGUUGUUGUUUUAUUUCCUUUUUUUUAAUCUGUGAAGUGAUGUGACGAUCUGGAUUUUUGGGGUCUUCAGGUGUUCUUGAAUGUGCCGGAGUAAAAUCACGACUUAUCUUCUCACGAGUAUUUUUGUUGACUGGAUACAAUGAACAAAUCCGACGUUCAACAUAGCCAGUGUACUUCUGUUAUCAUAUAUGAUGGAUUGAUGGCACGGUGAAAACCUGUGGACCCUGAUGCCAGACGUUCCCACCUUAGAUUUAGAAGGAUUAUUAAAUCCUUUUGUCUGUGCAGUUAUAUAAUUUUCAAACUCUGAUAAAUGGUGUUAAUUUGUUGUCCUUUCAUUAAAUGAACUCUUUUCUUCUACAUAUACUAAAUUUCUAAUGAUUAAUAUGUGAAUGUGCUUGAAAUACAUGCUCCUGUCCAUCAAAAACAGAAUAAAUGCAGUUGAUUGUAUAAAUGUUUCACACCCAAGUGCGUUAGAAAGAUAAGAACUGAUUUGUGUUGAAUUAUUUUUAUAGUUUUAGACUUCUUUACACUCGAUUCAAGGUACAGAGGGUAUGCACUGAUGUCACAUUUCCAACUGAUUUGUUCACAAAGUAAAGCUUGCAGGAAAUAAUGUUAUUUUUAGAAAAUAAUUUAUUGAUUUUCCUAUCUGGUAAUCUGUUCUUGCUCUUGCAGGAAUAACGAUUAGGUCUAAAACUUUCAGUUCUUGGAAGAAGUAAAAAGAUAUCACGAUAAUAUCAUCAAGAAAUGGAUUUCAGAUCAAUUUAAAUUAAACUAUUAGUUUAGUCUAAACUGUGACAAACACAAAAGCUGUAUCCUUUGCUCAUGGGUUAUUACUCAUCUUUAAAACAUAUUUUAAAAAGCGUGAUUUGUCUUUGACUCUGUGGAUGAUUGGCUGAAAUUCAAAGCGUUCAUUUUACAAACAAACAUGGAGGGAGACUGGAGUGAAAUCAGGUAAUAUCUACACUGUAUAUCACUCACAAAGUGCUGCUUGAAGUCACUGCGCGGCUUUGAUCCCUGGAUCUACUUCCAGAAAGUUUAGGGAUUUUUUAAUAUUAUUUUUAGAUCAGGAUCUUAGAGAUUUUUGUCAUUUCUGGACCAGUAUAGCUUUGCGAUGUAAGUCAGCAUGUGACACUAAAAAUAGAGCACUGACAGGAUUUUUCCUCAUAAUUUUGUUGUACCGUACACUUCCCUGAUUUUUAAAUAGACUUUUGUGGAUCCAGAGUGCUUACUUAUGUCAUUAGAUACGACCACAGUGACGUCAUGUACAUACCCUCUAUAGGUUCAUGUUUUUUUCCUUUAGUUUAAAGACUGAUAUCCCUUCAACAUGAGAUUAGGGUCUGCAGACUGUUAGCUUUGUUAGCAUAUUUCAGCUAACAGGUUACAUGACUCAUCAAGAUUGUAUGCCACUGAAUCUCUCAGCUUAUUGAUUUUUUUAAACAAGUUUAACAAAUAUGAUUUAGAUCUAAUUAUCCAUAAAGUGUUUGUUGGCAGAUCUUAUGACUCUAGUCUUAUUCAGGAUAGCUGUUUUUACCGUUUCUGGACGUUAUGGUCUUUUUAGGGGAGCUGCAUCAUGCAGUUCCUCAUUAUUAUGGAUGAGUUAGCCAGAGAACCUCAGAUCUUUAUUUUUGUCACAGUAAAACAAAUUUUGUGCUUCAACUACCCUCUGAACCAUGCCCAAACUAAAGAUAUCAGAGUCUGGUGAUGUGUGGGUGAAAGUGAGCAAGUGUGACUCCAUUCUUUUCAUCACUUAUUCCCUCUUUACUAAUAUCAAACCUGAUAUCUUUCCCUCUUUUUUUCUUUUUUUUCCCAUCAACAGCCAUCAAAGGCUUCUCGCCCCAGCACAAGAUCACCAGCUUCGAGGAGGCCAAGGGCCUGGAUCGCAUCAACGAGCGGAUGCCUCCGCGGCGAGACGCCCUGCCCUCCGACGCCAGCCUGAACUCGCUGAACAAGGCUCUGUCCUCGGAGACCAACGGCACGGACGCCAAGGGAAGCACCAGCAGCGGCAGCAACAUCCAGUAAAGGCCAGCAGCAGGGCGCCAGCUCGGCCGACGGGGCCGCCACGCCCCCAGCCCCAUCACGGCCUGCCAACACCGAAAAGGGGCAAAGGGUGAAGGAGUGUUUUAAGAGAGCGAAGAGGGGGGGAGGCAUGUACGGCUCACACUGGGGGGACAUCUCACUUGCUAGUCUUUGGAUAUGCCUUCAAAAUAUUAGUUCAUAGUCAAAUCUGCUAAGUUAUUGCCGGUUCACAUUUCUGAUUGGUCAGGCCUUUGUUGUGCUUGAUUGUCCACCACACCGCAGUAUGUCAGAGAGAGAGAGAAAGAGAGAGAAAGAAUGAGAGAGAGAGAGAUCUUAAAGCUGAUUUAUUUUCUUUUAUUUCUUGAAAGACCCUUGCUCAUUUACACCGAAACGGAAAGUCGUGUACCUUCUUACUAACUAUCGUACGUUUACAAAAAUACAGCACUAAAAAGGACAGAACAUGAGAUAAUGUUUUUAACAUAUAAGGGUGUACAAACUAAAUAAGGACUAUUUAUUGAUAACUUUUUUUUGCUACUCUUUUAAAAUAGCUCUGAAAAUUAAUUAGGCAGUCUUAAAAAGAAUGUUGCAAUGUUGUCGAAAUGCCAAAUAAUGGAACGUUUUAUGGUUUUGUACAUAUUAUGCUUACCUCAGGUUCUUUUGGUGUGUGCUUUGACCUGAUUUUUCUGUAUAAUGGCUAAAUAACUCGGUAAUGAAUACCUAUUUUCUUGAGUUUCAUAACUGGAAUUUACAUUUACCUAUCUAUCAUUUGCAAAUAUGUUUAUUUUUUGUCUCUUUUGGAAGGGGAGGGUGGGGUAGAUUUAUCGUGGCUUGCUGGAAUUGAGUGUUAAUUUUUCUCUUUUUAAGUAUUGCGAACAAAGUAAAAAUAGAGAACCUAUAUUGUGUAAAAAAAAAGAAUACAAUAAACUUAAAGUGUCUGCCUAUGCAUGUUUUAUAAAAAUCAAAGAAAGGAAAUAGAAAAUCUGAAUACCUUUGGCUGUGGAGGCCUGUUUUGAAAUAUAUUGCGCUUUAGUGAACAUAUACUGGAUAUACCUGCAUACUUUCAAUUAACACCAUGAUGCUCUAUGCCUUCAACUUCUUUUGUAAUUGAAGCAUUUAAUGAUGGAUGAGAAAUCAUAUUUUUAACCUGCGCUUGUAAGUGCACACAGUCCAAUUAAGCAUGUUUGACAAUUCUUGUGAGAUGUGUGGUUACAUGUGUAACUCAAAAUUGCAUGAUUAGCUGUUUGUGUCUAUAACAGGUAAAAAUCGGUUUUGUUCUGUUUUGUAAAUGUGCCACAGAAAAGUGUAAUUUGAUUAUUAUUACUAUUAUUAUUUGGAACUCUGCUUUGUAUAUCAGUUACAGGUUUGAUACUGCUCAAUACUUUAAGAUGAAACAAAAAAUAUACUUCGAUCUUUUUUAAGAACUGCUUAAGUGCCCAAGUAAUUCACUACACGACAUGAAGCCUUGCUUUUGUAAUUUAACUUCAAAACUGUUGGCAGAUGAGGCAUGCACUUGCAACUAUGAAAAGUAUUUUAUAUAACUGUUCAAUAAAAAUGUGCAUGAAUUUCAACUUGAAAUGCUUCUCCUGUAUGUGUGUGCGUGUGUGACUCAGGCUGUCCCAAAGUCCUCCGCCAAUGAAUAUGCAACCAUGUAAAAUAAAAUCUAAUACACAAUACA